GUUCAAAUGGGCAGCAGCUGGAGUUCCGCCCGAAGCCUCGAGGUUGGCUUGGUUUGGAGGGCGAGGGGGGCGUCGAUCAGCGCGUCAUUCGCACCUCCUUCCGCGGGCACCCGGUCAAAAGUGUGCAAGGGGCGGGAGGCGGAGGUUAGGAGGGGAAGAAGGGGCUUUCCUGGGCUCGCCAGGCUGUCCGCUCGUAGUCCAGGAUCGGUGCAAGCGCAACAGCCGUCGGAAGGCGUUAAGGCGCUUCGGCAACAGCUGUCUCUGCGCCUCGCCGGAGGAGGAGAGAAUCUGCCCCACGGCCACUAUUUGGGGUGAGCGGCCGAUGCAAGAUCUGCCUGCGCUGCAGCGCAGCCCGUGACAUAGAAAGGGGAGAGAAAAGGACGGCUAGGUGUCGAGAGCACCUGGGGGUGGAGGGAUAAAACUUGACCUCGCCUUCCGUCUUGCAAAGAUUGCUCUGCUCUUCCAUUGCUUCCGUCUGGGGACCCGCAAGGGAAUCGGUAAGUUCCACGAGCGCCUCGUUCGCGAUUUGCAAAGGGAGCAGCGAGUUUACAGUAGGGAGGCUGCAAACCCUAAGCAAAAGUAAAACGAAAGCUGCGUGCAGGGUCAGAGCAAGGGGGACACCGCGCAUGGUUCGGCCCUGCGCUCAGCAGCUUGGAGAUCUGUGGCGGCAGAGCAAGCAGCGCUUCGGGGACAGAAAUCCGGCAGACCCAUCCGAUGAAGAAGGGAGGAGAGAAGUGAAUGCCCCGGACGGUCCUGGCAUUGGGAAAGCAAGCGCAGAAGUAGCAGAGGGCGAGCCUGCCGGCGGGGCUUGAAUUUCAGCAUCCUUUCCCUUUCGAUCCGCAGCAAUGCAUUUGGGCGCUGGGACUCCAGGAAUUGCUCUUUGAAAUGAGGGCCCCUCCCGCACCAGCUCCUGAAGACGCGCAACGGUCCGAGUGCAGCCGGUGGCACGUUUUUGCAACUUUUAGAAAAAAAACAAACUGCUCAACGUAGGGCGGGGUGGGGGCUUCGGGAGUCUUGCACCAUCCCUCCGCCCCCCAGUGUUUAUUACAGUUGUAGACUUUCACGGAACUAAAAUAUCAUGAAACAGUUCUCAAACUUUCAAGUUCUCCAGAACUCUUCUGCAAGACUUGGGUAUGAAGUAUGGGCGUAGCCAGGAUUUAUGUUGAGGUGGUGGGGACACGACACUCACCUACCAUCUUCCUCUGUCUCUCUUAGUUAAGUAUUUUUAUUUAUUUAUUUGAAUGGGGGGGGCAGCUGUCCUGCCUUCUCCCAUAGUAUGAAGCAAAAUGGGCAAAACCCCAAGAGUUUGCAGUCCCAACUUCAUUAACAUGCAGCCUUAAAAAGAGUUCUGGAGAACUUGAAAGCUUGAUCACUAUUACAUUGUAUUUGCCCCCAGAAAGAGAUUACUCUGUUGUGACUUUUAGAUACUCUUGAAUGAGCUGACAUUGCUUUCUCCAUUUUUUCCCACAGAACCUUGUGCACAGUUCCUCCCAGUCCUGGACUAGCUACCCGUGAUGGUAUGUUAAUAGCCACAAGCAGUUUCCUAGUUUCAGAGUUACCAAAAGGGGGCAGCUGUUGCCUGCAGUGCAAAAAAGCAAAAGGUGAUUUAUUUCUACAUUCAAUUUUCUUUUCUUUUUUUGGUUUGAGAGCAGUGUCUUGUUUCUACUCCGUGCAGUUAGAUGGGGAGAUAGGUAUCUCCUUUGUCUAUCUGUGUGCCUCAGGAACCGUGCCAGCUUCCUGGAAGCAUACCUGUAAAUAAAAUGGAUCCCUUUCUGCAAAUGCAGCCACGACAUGAUCUUAUCAGUGACAUGUGCUCAUCUGCUUUGCUGAGGGCCUCUCAGGGGCAGGUUUCUGGGAGCAGCUGCGAAAAAUGUAGUUGCUGGUCUAACUGAAUCAGAACAGUGAGUCGAUAGGAUGAGGUAAGGCAGAAAUGUGGCUCCCAGAACAAGGAAAGGGAUGUAGUGGUAGAGCAUAGGCAUUGUCAACCCAGGUUCCCAGAUUCAACCAUGGCACUGCCAAUUAAAAGUUUGGAACAGGUAACAUGCCUGGAACAGACAGGAAGCCUGCGACAUUGGAGUGGCAUGGGAGACUUUAGGAAGAACAACCUAUUUGCCAGUCCCACCAAAUGGUCCUAUGUAAGAUGUGCAAAGGGAAAACAAAAUUUAUUCCUUUCCCUUUAAUGUAAGCCUAACCUAUUCAUCACUUUCUCUUUUCUCUUGGCCUAAUCAAUCAAAAAUUGCAUUGAUGCCUCAAGGAUAUUUAUAUAUUUUUCAUGGAUCUCAGUAGGGUGAUUCUGUGGCAAAAUGCAUUGGGGAGUGGCCCAUUGUAAGAUUUUUAGUUGGACCAACGCCAACAAACUUACUAUCCACAAAUUGGCCAUCUUGUAUGCACAGUAAAACAAGGGCCAUGUCUUGACUACUAUGGGUUGGAUGGUUUAGUGGGGAUGUGCAUGACACUAGUCCACUGGGGUAGGAUCUCAUUUAUUUUUCCUGAAGGGCUUUCAAGGCCUUGUUAUGAUCAAAAGGUAGCAAAUAUAGGCCAGAUCACUAUCAGCUGAUGGAUGAUUAUAUGACUCACCAAACAAGAAGUGCACCUGCUCACCAUUUUGCUCUUUGAUUGCUCUUCUGUUAGCCCUAGAUGAUUCCAAAUUCAUUAAGUGUGUAAGUAUCUGUAGCCAUGAAUUCUGCAUCUUUUGUCUCAAUAGGCAUUUUAAAUGUGAUGUAUAUGAGUUGUUAUUAGGCUAAUUCUUGUAUAAGGAAAGAAAGAGCACAGCCCUAAACAUGUUUAUCCAGAAGUAAGCCCAACAUGGGAGUGCAUAAGAUUCCAUCAUAAGUCUCCAGCCUAAGUAUCAAUAAGCUGCUUUCCUCAUUUUGCUUGCCUGUUUGGCUGCUUCAUUGUGAAGAUUAUGAAUCUUUGGACUACUCCACCCAUUUUACAGCCGCAAACAUGCUUACCAGUACUUCAACAUGCAGUAGGAAGUUGCAUCAAUCCCUCUGUGAUAUACACAGUAAAAUAUUUGUGCACAUGUGCAUAAAACACCAUGUGAAGCUGCCAUAAAAUAGCAGAUUAUUAUCGGAACAAGCAGCACAUGCUCAUAGUUUGGAUACCUCGUGAUGCUGAAUGUCUUUACCUCAACACAAAAAAUGAACAAAAAAUACAUUUCAACAUCCCACCAGGACCACAAGUUUGGCUUCAUUCAAAGUUUGAUUAACGGGGAAAGCAAUAAUAAGAUCCAAGCUGAGGUGUGAUUAAAUAGCAGUGGAAUAUCAUAUAUACAUGUGUAAAACUAGACCUUCCAAGGAUAAUACAGGGAUUCCAAAUUGUUUAUGCAUUUUUCGGUUGUGACAGAAGCUUGCAAUAAAGGGCUGUUUCUUGAGUGCUUCUUUCUAUCUGAACCAAAUGAACUAUUUGCUCAAGAGUUUUAGCACUUGCCAACCAAAGCAAAUGUAAGCCUUCCUGACUCACCUGUUCCACCUCAGCUUUCAUGAUUUGUAAUAGCAGGUGUAUCUAAUUCAAUUAGAAAGCUUAAAAUAAGUUGAAGUAGGUCUCUUGCUUCAGCUAAAAUGGUACUAAAUAGGAAUCAGCAUUUGGUCUGUCUGUCUAAAAUUAGGACUAACCAAUUUGCAUUGCAAAAAUGUAGCUUUUCUCAGUUCAGAAUUGUUUGUGCUCAUCCUCAGCAUGCUGUUUUCAGUCUAUAUUGACUCUCCAUCCUGCCGCCUACAAAGUUUGGUGUGUUUACUUGAUACAUGUUUGAAACCUGUCCCCUUGACUAGGCUGUGCCUUUUCCUACUUGCAUGUGUCCAAAGUGAAUGUAGAAGGCAGUGGUGAUUGCAGUCUUGGCAUACGCCCACCCACAAUGUCACUGGGCGGGUCUGGAUACAUCCUUCCCCAUUGCCUGGACAACCUACUUCUGUUUUCUAUUGGAUACACUGGGGGGUUAUCAAACUCUGCAGAAUCAGUCUGCAGUGAACUUUGACUUUCAGAAUGUCUUAAAAAGCACUUUUCAUGGGGCAAAUAAAUAUGCAGUACAUCUAGAUAGUGUGUAGACGCCUUUAGAAAAAAAACGCAAACGCAAUCUCCGCUGAUUCUAGAAUAAAUGCAGCCAUAAGCUGCAUCUGCAAAAAGAGCACGAAAGCUUGUAUUACUUGUUGCACUGGCUCUUUAUAACAGCUGACCUUUAAAACAACCAGAUUCUUUUUCAAAGUCUGUUUUAUUUCUAAGAUUCCAUUAUUAUAUGAGUGUUCUUUCAGUCUCUUGCUGCAAGGAGAAGGAGGAGGGCUUGAAGUCCCCAGCCUAAUGAGCCAGCUUGUUGUAUGUUGGAUCCACAUCAAAAAUGAGGCAGUAAUUAAUUAAAGUUGUACCUACUGCUUGACACUUUCUAAUGAUUUAUUCCCACCCCAUUUUUUGGCAACACUUGUUGAAGGGCCUGUUGUUCUAGGCAAGUACACACUUCAACUAUUUUGAUGAUUAUGUCUGCGGGGGAGAAGAGUUAAGCAAAAUCACUAUGAACUGUGCUCUUUAGAAUUAUAUGUAGUCACCUACAUGCCUGCCCUCUUGGCAAAUGUAGGAUCAGUUCACCCAGCUAAGAAUGUGAGUUGAAUUUAGGCAUAUGAUGCUCAGAUUUUUAGGUGCUUUGGGUUGUGUUUUAGUGUGUAUAACUGCCUGCCUGUCUUUCUUAGGUGAUAAUAAGCAUACACAGAAACUACGAAAAGCAGAAAGGAGGAGUUGUUUUAUUUGACAUUAGUUGCUUCCUACAAAAUAGUCUUUAAGUGACAUACAAAAAGGUUGAAUAUCAACUUAAGGAGCCAUUUCUAGAUGGUAAAUAUCCAGUUUGCACGACUUUUUGAUAUCUGGUUGCAUGGGCUGACUUUGGGCAUGGAGCGAAGCAGAUCUAUGGUUAUAUAUUUCAUUGCCUCAUCAUUUUUGGAAACAUUUGCGUUAGGAAAGUUAUAGUGUGUGUUCUAAACAGCAGGAACUUUUGACGUGGUGAAAUAUUUGCAUGGGCACUUUGUCUGCUCAUACUUGAUUCCGCAUCAUCUCUUAGGGUUGUGUGAGCUGGCUUGAAACUCCCUAUCCUUCACACACUUCGAUAUUCGUCCUAAUCCUUCUCAGUGCUCUUGUUUUUUUAAAAAAGAAUCAAAAAUCUAUACCAAAGUUGCAAUUCUUAAACACCUAACUACCAACAGACAUUAAUGUCCAACCUUCUGUGUCAACAUAUGAAGAAGGUAGUAUAAUCGAACAAAAAGUGUACAACGGUGCUUUUGGUUUUACAUCUCAGAGGCUACAUUUUCAAACUCCACUUACCACAAACAGAUCAAACUUCUUUGUACAGUGAUGCAUAAUUUGCCCAGUUGACUUGCAGCACAUUUUUCCAUCAGUGUUAUGUUUUGGAAGCCACAAGUUUUAGUAAAACAUCAGAGCUCCAUUUUUUCCUGUUUCUUUGAAUGGGUCUUGUUCCAGGUUCUCUGCGGUAAGGGGAAGAAGGACCAUAGCUCAGAGCAUCUGUGUUCUUGGUUGUUCCCCUUCAGCUGCAUUCUUGGUGACUGUCCCUCAAAUAUAAGUUAUGGAUAAGGCCAGACUAGACACAUGAGGCAAUUAUGUCUCGGACAGAUGUGGUGCCCUAUUUACAUAUAACUCAGAGGUGGAAUCUACUUUUUGCACAAAAAUAGAGUGCAUUGAGGAGGGGAGCAAAACCUGCUCUUCUCUUGCCUUGUUUUGCCGCUCUCUGUAGGUUUAAGCCAAGGAGGCGGGUGCAGGUGGCAUCUUUUCCAGCCCCGGGGCCAUGUUUCCUUCUGAGCAACCUUCCAGGGAGCCACAUGUCAGGAGUGGGCAGGGCCAAAGACAAAAGUGCGUGGAGAAAUGAAUAUAAAUGUUACAUUUGUAAGUAGUUGCCACACAUGCUCAUUUACACCUCUCUAGCCAUCAUCCAAACAAGUAGAAGUUUGAGGCCACAUUUCAGCCGGGAAAAUGUACUUGGGAGUGCAAAGUAAGAGGUAUGGCCUGGGGAGAUUUCUGAAGGCCAGAAAGAGGCCCAGAGGGCCACAAUUGGGCCACAAAGUUAAGAGCCCCUUUCUGGCUUAAGCAUUUAUUUUUCUGCCCACAUCACAGCUGGGCUUAGGGGCAGAGUGCUUAAAAGAAAUGGAGCAAAGCCAUAGCGGUGUUAGCCAUUCUUUUUACCUACCUGCUACUUGGUGGUAGUUUUGGUUAGAUGCAGACACUUCAAUCCCUGAUUUAUAUGGGAACAGGGAAAACACAUGCUUAAGAUAUCAUAUCUAGUUUGGUCAUGUGUUUUUAUAAUAAUAUAAUAAAUAUACACGGUAUUAAUAUGUAUUAUAAAUGCAGCUCAGGCUGCUUUAAAACUUUUGCACAGCUGUUGUUUCAUUCACAGCUAUGAACAUUCAGACUCUUUUAGUGAUACAGAUGUUUGUAAGUACUGCCUAAUAAAUUUAUUCAUAAGUGCAUGCUAUGUUUGCUACUUUCAGUUUUUCCUUUAAAACAGUAGAGCGGGGCAGCUGCGUGAAAUAAUUUCCCUUGAGAAAUCUGAGAUCUAAAGUUGAGAUAGGAGUGUCAUGAAAACACCCUUAUCUCCCCAAACUUUGUGCUAUAGCGUCCUGGUUGACUCACCUGCCAGGGCAAGUGGGGACUUGUUCAUGUGUUUCUGGGAAUUUACAGUCAAGCAGUUCUGGAGUUAUUUGAGUGCGCAUUUGUGGGGAGUGGAGAAAUAUAUCAUUAUCUUAAUGGCAUGUACCAGGAGAUGGACUGGAGAAAGAGGGAACCAGAGCUGUUUGAGGAACUCUGUUGUUGUUGUUGUUGUUGUUGUUGUUGUUGUUGUUGUUACCGUUGUUACCUUCAUUUGGUUAAACAAGGAAUGGGGAACCUGAGGCCCUCCAGUUGUUGCUGGACUACCACACCUGUGUUCCUUGGCCAUUGGCCAUGCUUGUUGAGUCCAAUGGGAACUGGAAUCCAACAGCAUCUGAAGGGCCACAGCUUCUCCAUCCCUGGGUUAAAAACAGAAUGACCUGUCCUGUAGAGAAUCAGCCCUUUGAGCAUCAAUUAUGUUUGUAAAAUAUAAGAAACUCGGUAUACAAGUGUCAGGCAAAUGUCCAGUAUUCAGCUAGUAAAAUAAGAGAUGGUGGGAUUUGACUCUCCCUAGAAAGCAUAUGACCUCUGACGUAGGGACAUGGACUGUGGUUGGCAAGGAGAAGCACUUGUGCCUUUUCAAAAGUACUCUGCUUGAACUACCAGUUUGUAGAUGCAAAGAACCACUUGGUUAAUACAUGGUAUAGGAAAAUGAGGCUCCAGGGCAUCCCAGAAGCCUCUGGAAAGAUGUAGGGGCCAAACACCAGCAGUCCUAUGCUAAAUACGUUUCUACGGUUUUUAGCUCUGACAUUACUUUUGGCCAAAUACCUGAAAGGAUAUUAAUCACUAUCUCAGGCUGUAUCCAAGGAGCUCGAUGUAGCAAAUGUUGAGUUCUCAGCUUGCCUUCCAUUAGGUAUUAGCCAGGCUCAGAUCUACUUGCCUCCAUUGAUAGACCUAUGCUGUGUGACAUUUUUCUUUAUAUAUCUAGUCUAUCUUCAGCAAGAGAUGCUGAUCCGUAGGCAUUAAUAUGCUGCUUCCCAGGAUUCUAGCGUAAAGCUUAUUAUUGAAAAACAGUGCUGAACCAGAGGAGCUCAAAUGAAGCUUUGUGAGUUGGUAGAUGGGGCAUUAUAUAUAUAGCAUAGCACAUGAUUCACAAACAAUAGAUCAAGACUCGCCAAUGAGUCAUGGCAGCCUUACGUCACCAAACUAUAGUUUCCAUGUACAGUUUAAAUGGAAAGUUUUAGCUACAGUAAACUUGGGCAUGAGCCAGCUAGAUAGAGGCCAGAUCUUUGUUUAUGCAAAAAUGUCAUUGCUGUUUAGAGCAGCAUAAGGAGGUUUAUAAGUAGCUCAUAAAGUUAAAUGGUGCUGAUGUGUGACGUACAAUCAGAAAAUGGAUCUGUUUGCAAUUGUAUAGUGUGCACCAGCUGCCACUAAUACCCUUUGAUAGUCAAGAUCUUAAAAGUCAGAUAAUAUGUUUAGCACCUUUCCUAGAAAUAAUACGUGCCUUUUUACCCCGCAGUGCUGUCAUCAUGAGCCUCUUGAUGUGUCUUACCUAUGCUUGCAUUUUCCUGUUUUCCCAAGGUGAGUAUACAAGGUAAAUAGUCGUGGGUGGAAUGUGGUGUCCUGCAAAAUCUGCCCUUUUAAACACAGGAGAAAGUUGGUGAUGGUUGUAGAAUAAGGAAUAAGGCUGCAUCCACUUAGGCACAAAUUUCUAUGGUACUUGUGCAUCAGCUCCACACAAAUGUGUGACCAAAUCAUACACUGUGCUGUGCUGGGCAUGAACAGAAAAUGAACAAUAUCAUUGGUACAAAUCUUAUAACAGCAUUUGUGUGGUGUCCAGAAUGGUAUAAAACCAGGUCACUCUCUUCGUUCUUUAAGUUACAACAUGCCACACAAUCCUUCUUUCUGAUCCUGUUGUCUCACAGCAACAGGAAUCAAGCUGACUCACCUAGCCAAACUGUUGCUAGCCAAACCGUUGCUUACUGCAACACACAGGAGGAUGAGAGUUCCCCAAGAGGAGAUCAUACUUGCUUCACACCUCCUCUGGUUCUCCUAUUGCUGUGCUGCUGCGAGCUUAACCAUGGUUUGGUUUUAGGGUGUCAUCCAAACCUGGGCUUGUGAUUUGUUUUGCUGGAGACAAACUACAAGCCCAGGUUUGGAUGACAAACUAAACUUGAAACAUCUCAACAGGAGUGGGAACAGCAAAGACUAGCUGCACUCUCAUUUUUGGGAGCCUGUAUGCCUAGGGACAUUCAUAUGCCAUAGUUUGGCAUGGCAUUAUGUCUAAACCUUCUCAAAGUUCUAGUUUAUCAAGAUCUGUCCAGAGGGCCCAAGCAAGACUUACCAAUACGUGAGUCACAAAACUCUCCAGUGAAGCCCAUCAAACAAUGCUGUGACCUGGUAAAGUUUUAAAAUGAUUAAAAAAUAUUUGCAACUGUAAGGAAAUUACUCAUUUUAUACGCUGAUAGCAGUCAGAUUUAAGUCAGCUCCGUCAAUUCCAUAACAUUUUGUUCAGUGUUGAAGCAACGUGGGUGGUAUUUAACCCAGAGUAGACCCAUUGAAACUAAUGAGCAUGACUACUAUUAAUUUCAGUGGGUCUACUCAAGAGUAAAAUUUAGUUGAAUACCACCUAGUAUUCUUUUGUGUCUUGCGUACCUUGAUAGCCUUUCUACAGCUGAAAAAGCUAGAUUAUUGUGCUUAUCGUAUGACCAUUUGCAUCUUUAAAUGGGUGCCAAAGAGAAAACGCACAAGCUAUCCUGUCCUCAGGGGCGGAGGAAGGGGGUGCAGUGGGGCAAUCCGCCCCAGGUGUCACCACUGCGGGGGGUGACAAAAUGGUGGGCGACAAAAUGGAGGGGGGUGACAAAUGUGGGGCCUGCGGCGUGCCUGAGCCACGUGUCUCUCCUGGGAGUGACGUGGUGGCUUGGGCGCCCGCAGGCUCCGUGCUGCCCCAAACUGUCUGCCCGCUGCCUCCCCCCCAACUGUGGGGCGGCUGAGUGGGAGGAGGCAGGCAGACUCCUUGGAGGCCCCGCAGCGCAUCCUUCUCUGGCUGGCCCCACCCUUGGGCGCAGGGCAUAUGUGCCGCCUGGGUGCCCGAUGGGCUUGCUCCGCCGCUGCCUGUCCCUAUCCUGAUAUUUUCUGGAAAUCAUAUGAAAGCAAUGCCUUAAAGAGGUUCUGUUAAAAUAUUUUGGUAAUAGCUGGUUAACUGUGUUGACGACUUGAUUUUAUAGCACUUGUGUCAUGGAGCAUCCAAGAACUGCACGUCAGCCAGGAAACCAUUGAGAAAAUUUCAGCAGCUGGCCAGCGUGAGUGUUUUUUGUUUGUUGCACAAAAAGCUCUUGCAAUGCCUAGUUCUCCCGCCUGCAGAUUUGUACCCUUCAUUAUGUGAUCAACAUAUUUUUAUUCACCCAGGUAUUUAAAAGAAUUUCUGAUCUUUGACUAUGAGCUCCUAAUGUCAGUUGUGCAAUUUAUUCUAUAUUUAUGCUGCCAAGCUGGCUUGAUCUGCAGGCUGAAAAGUUUUUAUGUUGCUGUAGUGGGAGGUGAACUUGGGGAGAAGAGCAGCUGUGGAAACUGUAUGGUUUAUACCCAUUAAUUGUGUGUUUCUCUGUUAGUUGGGAUGUGUGCUUGACACCUUUGGCUGUGCAUUCUGAGUAUAUCUCUUUUUUCCUAGCGGAUUAAUUUCAGCUAUAGUAUUAUCCUCUGUUGCUGAAACAUCUCAGUGUUCCAGCAACCGUUUAAUGAGGGGUGCAGUGGACUAUUGCCAGAUAGGAAUUAACAAGGUUACUGUAUAACAUGACUCAGUGGCUUUCUGUGGAAUGCUUUAAAACUUUCAAUCCCUUUUAAUCUGGGUUUUUUUUGGGGGGGGACUGAUUUCAAAUCUUUUUAACUAGGCAGAAAUCGAAGCCGAAGGGGAUAAUGAUGUGCUGUCCUGGAAGACAAAGUAAAAGAGAGAGGGAAUCAAGAAUAAAUACAUGGCUGCCUUAUUUAAAAAUGCAAAUUUCUCAUUCCUUGCUGCAUGAACUGUUCCUACUUGUUUUUUUUUAAUUAGUUCAGUUUUUAUAUAUCAGAGGAGUUAGGAUGGGUAACAACGGUUUAAGGUGGGAGGGGGCUAUAAAAAUAAACACAGUACACCAUAAUAUAUAAGUUACGUAGGAUUUAAAUUGACCCACUGUGCCUGUUGAAUGUCAAAAUCUUUUAUCAAUUAAAUGCUUCUUGUCCCCCUAAUGCAUUUUGUCUGCAGUGGGGUUUCCCCUGCAUUGAGGGGCAGCUGGGCCGUACCACUGGUCCCAUUCACAGAUGACACUGUUCCAGCCACCUACUGUUCACAAGUUGAGUCUGGAAGUCUGAGCAAGGAAGCAUAUGCAUGCAGACCUCUAUGCAGUGCGUUUUUGCUAUAAAAAAAAAAUUUUAGGGGUACUCUUUUUCCUACUUAUAUUGAAAUACUGUCCCUCAAUUUAGAUACACAAAAUGUUGGGGGGUAUGCAUACCCCUGUGUCCCCCCCGCAGAAGAAACACUGCCUCUAUGCAAAGUACAAUCCUAUAUGAUGGGUAGUCCAAGUCAGUAAAACCCUACAUGCAUAGAAAUCAUAGGGUCCAGGGACCUGGGGACAGGGUUUGGGCCAUCAUGUGAAGGGGUCUCUUGCAAUAGGCCAAACAAAAAUAUAGGAUGUAGGGAAUUCAUAACUGGCUUCCCCAAUGUUUGCUUUUACUUAUAAGCAGAUGGUAGUGGAACUCUGAAUUUGAUUGGAGCAGUAUGGAGCAAGGCAAUUUAACUCUUCCCUUAAAGAUGGCAUUUCUUGUUACUUUAUUAGAAUAAUGUGUGUCCCACCUUUUACAUCUACCAGAGUAGGACUCUGAGAAGCUAAGAACAUUCAAGAAACAACAAAGCAAUCAUUAAAAAUUAAAAUGGGGAGGGGAAGAAACAAGACACAAGAGGGCAGAUAACUGAGAACAUCAUCAUCUGCUUAAAAUAAAUAAGGCUAAUAAAAAGCCGGGCUCCUCUACUGCACACAGCAACUUCCGAGGUGUGGAUUGAACGCUGGGCGGGGUGGAAAGGCUAGCAGGACCCCUUCUCUUAGAAUAGAAUCAUAGAAUCAUAGAGUUGGAAGAGACCACAAGGGCCAUCGAGUCCAACCCCCUGCCAAGCAGGAAACACCAUCAGAGCACUCCUGACAUAUGGUUGUCAAGCCUCUGCUUAAAGACCUCCAAAGAAGGAGACUCCACCACACUCCUUGGCAGCAAAUUCCACUGUCAAACAGCUCUUACUGUCAGGAAGUUCUUCCUAAUGUUUAGGUGGAAUCUUCCUUCUUGUAGUUUGGAUCCAUUGCUCCGUGUCCGCUUCUCUGGAGCAGCAGAAAACAACCUUUCUCCCUCCUCUAUGUGACAUCCUUUUAUAUAUUUGAACAUGGCUAUCAUAUCACCCCUUAACCUCCUCUUCUCCAGGCUAAACAUGCCCAGCUCCCUUAGCCGUUCUUGGUGUCACUGCUGUAAUCAAAAUUAAGACAAUCAUUUCUCCUGCAUGGCUGCUGUUAAAAAACAUAGCAAUAGAAACUUUAGGAACGCUGAUCUUAGAUUUCUCCCACAUUUAAUGGAAUUUAGCCCAUAUAGCCUGGGGGAAUACAAUUUGUAAGACUCCAUUUCUGAUUUUGCCCAUUGUCUCUGCUGUAGUUGGGCUUUCAGUAACUGAAUCUGAUAGCUUUUCUGUGCACUGUUUUGAGUGUUGUAGCAUGGAAGCAGCCUUUACUUGCUGACAUGCUUAUUCCCUAUUUAUCAGUGUAGUCCUUUUUCUUUCCUGUUUUUUUUUUUUUACUAAUUUCAGGGAUGCAGAGUAUUUACAAUGACUGAAACAAAUGUUUUCCAAAUUUCCAAGAGCAUGUUUGUGCUUUCCUCAUUUUCACAGGCCCCUCCCUGUAAAAUGAAAGGACAACUUUAGCUUAAUCCAACUCUGUCAACUUGAAGCUUCUACCUUGGCACACACUCCCAGCAACUAGUAAUUGCCUUGCAGGCAAGUUUGUGCACGCUCAGGUAACACCAGGACAUGGUCUCCGGAAAACCUGAUGCUAGUAUGAAACUGACUCUGUGAAACUUGUUUCAAGCAAACCACAAGUGUUUAAACUUAUGGAUUUAAUAGAAUCUUAGAGCCGCAAGAGACUGUAAGGAUCAUUAAUGCCAAGUCCCUCAGGCAGAAUGCAAUGUACCUAAAUCAUCCUUAACAAAGCUGUAAAGCCAAAAGAGGCUCCACGACAUCUCGUUUGUGUUUUCAAAUAAUAAGAGAGAGAGAAAAUUCCUUUCGGCGCAUAGGCAGUCAUUAAUCAGCAAUUUAUGGCGGCUAGUACUGCAGAUACAGUGGUACCUCAGGUUAAGUACUUAAUUCAUUCUGGAGGUCCGUACUUAACCUGAAACUGUUCUUAACCUAAAGAACCACUUUAGCUAAUGGGGCCUCCUGCUGCUGUUGUGCCGCCGGAGCACGAUUUCUGUUCUCAUCCUGAAGCAACGUUCUUAACCUGAAGCACUAUUUCUGGGUUAGUGGAGUCUGUAACCUGAAGCGUAUGUAACCUGAAGCAUCUGUAACCCGAGGUACCACUGUAUAACUUCUGCUCCUCUCAGACUGCAGUUUCUAUGAUACUAUGACAUUUUUUCCCUCAGUGAGAAGGUUAGUUGAGCUUACUGGAAUGAUCCAUCUUUGGGGAAUAUUAAGACCUGACCCUGAAAGUUGUUGACCCAACUAGGGAUGCGCUUUAAGAAUCAAUACAGAAUCUGUGGUUCUGCAAAAGCUGUUGGGCUGUAAUUCCCAUCAUCCUUGAGCAUUAGUCAUCCUGGCUGAGGCUGAUGGGAAUCAGAGAGUCCAACAGUAUCUGGAGGGUUGCAGGUUCCUCAUCCCUUUAAAGGCUUUCUCAGGCUGGUGUUUGGAACCGCAAGGCAAGACAGUUGCUUUCAACAUGUAACCAUAUGGCUACGUUCAAUAUUAUCAUCUCGCCCACUUAUUGGAUUUUGGAAUGGUUGGAGUGAUGCUGGUUAGAUCCUGAUUGCUUGUGAUUACAGACACCACACAGAGGACAGAGAGGGGUGUGUGAGUGUAUGAUAAAACUAGCCUACAGUACAGAGAUUAAAUUCACAGUGAUUGUUCUGCCUAUUUUUGCCUGUGCCCCUUGCACUGAAAAGGGUUCCCCACUCGUGAUCUAGAGGCUGAAAACUUUAGCAACUGGGAACAAAACAAAGAAGUGUAAUGUACUGAGUUUUUGCUUAAUGUGCAUUUGAAUUCUUAUUCCCUCCUGGACCUUCACUUGCUAAUGUAUUACAGUGGUACCUUGGGUUACAUACGCUUCAGGUUACAGACGCCGCUAACCCAGAAAUAGUACCUUGGGUUAAGAACUUUGCUUCGGGAUGAGAACAGAAAUCGUGCUCCGGCGGCGUGGCAGCAGCAGGAGGCCCCAUUAGCUAAAGUGGUGCUUCAGGUUAAGAACAGUUUCAGGUUAAGAACGGACCUACGGAACGAAUUAAGUACUUAACCCGAGGUACCACUGUAUAAGGAAUGUUAUCCUUGGUUUCUUUUCAGCAUGUAUACUUCACCCCACCCCCCGCCAGUCCUCUUCUCCACCUCCUUCUGUCCUCCCAGCCAACCUGACUUCUUAACAUUAUUACUAUGUGUUGUGAUUAAAACCCCUCUUUCUCUUCUGCCAGUUAUGAAUUGCUCUGCCCCAGUUGAUGUCUUGUUUCUGUUCGAUGGAUCUUACAGCAUUGGCAAAGGGAGCUUUGAAAGGUCAAAAUAUUUAGCAAUCAAGCUUUGUGAUGCUCUGGACAUCAAUCCAGGAAAGGUGAGCACCCUCCACCCCCAGUUUAUUCCACCCACUGGGUGCCGUGUAGAAUCUGGGAGAUGAAUGUUGUUUAUGUCCAUAGGAUAAUAUAGGCAACUUGGGGAAUUCUUGUUAGUUUAUCUUUAUGGGGUUUGCUAGUUCACUUCCCAUAUCUGUUCUUGCUGUAGCCAUUUUGAGCAUUCCUGGAAUGGUAGCAACUGCAUAAAAAUAAAUCCGCCUUGUUGACCUUCCCCUCCCCUUUCAGGUCAGAGUGGGAGCAAUACAGUUCAGCAACACUCCUCAUUUGGAGUUCCCUUUGGAUGCAUAUUUCACCAAGCAGGAGAUAAAAGACAAACUCAGGAAGAUUGUGUUCAAGUAAGAAUUAUUAUAUGUGCGAGUUCUUAUUAAGGAAGUUAAAAUAAGUAGUUGGCAAGUAAUAGUUUCAUUCUGAUAGUUGCAUGUUCAUGUUGUAUUUGGAACAUUUUACUUUCAGUGUUGUGAAUGAAAUAUUUAAUGAUUUAUUCAUUGAUUUAUAUCUUGACUUCAUUAUUUUAUGGAAUCGGGGGGGGGGGGGGGCAUCCAUUUGGUUCCCAGCUGGUCUCCUGUCAACCAGACCUCCAGCUUAGCUUCAGCAAUAUGAUGGCCUUAUGUACCUCCAGAUCAUUUCCUGGGACCUAACUUAAUUGAUAUAUUUAAGUUGAUUUUCCAUAUCCAGCCAUAUUCGGUGUCCCAUGGUGCAAAUAGUUUAAAUGUCAAUCUAACUUAACAAAAACGCUGGCAUGGGAGUAAGUUACGUUUAAUCCAAUAGGUCUUAUUUCCAAGUGGAUGUAUUAAGAAUCAGAGUGUGGGUCACCAACUACAAAGGUUCUGCUAGAACAGGCCAAAGGCAUGGAUCCAGCUUCCUAUUCUCACAGUAGCCAACCAGAUGCUUAUGGGAAGUCAAUAAGCGGGACCUGAGUGUAAGAGAACUUUCCCUAUUUGUGAUUCCAAACAAAACAGUAUUCAAAGGCACACAGCCACCCACCCCCUAAGUGUGCUUAAGGCCAUGAGAUUACAAACAUUACAGUGAAUCAGAGAUGGUCUCUUGGUGACAACCUUCAUGUACAGCAAGGACUUACAAGGAAUUGUUCUGGGUGGCCAUUCCUUAGCUUUGGAAUUCCUUCUAGUGUACAUGCGUGUCGGUUACAUUCUGGACCUCCACGUGCAUCGGCAGCACCCACAUAAGGCCACCUCUCCCUGUUCCCACCCCUUUUGUGAUGUCAUGCACGUAUCAGACAUGCCUAAGACAGUCGUAGGGGUGUGUGUGUGUGUUGUGGAAUUUUUUUUUUGUCCCCAGGGAUAGACAUGAGGUCUCUAAGUGGCUAAUUUAUGCUGGUUUUGCAUAUAUAUUUCCCCAUAACAUGGUGUAGCCUAAUAUUUAGAAAGUUUUCCUCAUUUUUACUUAUUUUGAAGCAUAGUUCCCCCCUUCUCUCUCAAACCCCAACAUGUGCACACAGACACUCUAUGCGCCAGGAAGAUCUCUGCACACCUCCAGGGCUCUCACGCAGCCCUCCCUCUGCAUGAUCAUUUUGGACACCAAGUAUGCACCUACACCUGCCACCAGGAAAGAGAUGGAGAAGAGAGAAAAAUGGGGUUCUGUUGUGCUAAGUGGAGAUUCCUCUCUGCCUCUUGUGGGACUGGACUGAGCUGUUAAUGUUUCAAGAGAAGACAGGGUAUGAAAAGCAUACCCCCGAUUCCUCUUUGACUGCUUCUGAAGUGCAACUGAAAGCAGAGGCUGUGAAAUGGUAUUGAAUAUCUGGAAUCUAGACAUGUGCUGACAUUCCUUUAAUGCUGAGAAGAGAACGUUGACAGCUCCAGCAGAGAUAACGUCCUUCAGUUUGCCAGUAAAUCCUGGUUUUAGCUUAAAGAUAUCACUGGCAAAAAUAGCCAGGAUGGCAGCAACCACUUCAGAGGGCAGAAUUGGAAAAUAUGAAGGUCUACGUUCAUGGCCACUUGGUUCUCUCCCUCCCUCUUCAAUCUUUUGCCUGUGGCUCUUAAUGCUAAGAUAGGCUUCAAGCAGUUUAGAAGUAUCACAACCAAUGACGCAUGCAUUAAAAUAGAGUGGGCCAGAUUCAGCCACCUCAUUCUGUUAGAAGCCAGUUCAAGGAUUCCCGCUAGUGCAUUGGGGCUGUGAGUCGAUAUCUAUAGGGUGAUUCUGGUUCGCAUAGUGUCCUCCUUCAUGGCCAAGCCCAUUGUGAAAAGGAUAAGCAUCCUGCCACAGUGUUUUUAAUCACUUGCAUGCAAAUUUUACAUCACUUAUGGGGUACACCAUUCCUUUUUCUCUCUGGGUGUUAGUGCCAAGAAGACACAGUGCCAGAAAACAAAGAGGAGGCUGUUUUCUGGUGACAAACUCACACGCCUCACACGCAGGUAUUCAUAUGAAUGUGAGGUAUGCGUGUGUCAAUUUUGUCGUAACAAACAAUGUGGAAAGGACAUUCCUGGUUUGGUUGGUAAACUAAAACUGAAGGGCCUGCCAACUCAUUGACUGAAAGGAACUCCCAUCUCAUCAAUCGAAAAACAGCCUUGGUUGCACAGGAUCUAAGAAAUCAUUUUUUAAAAAAACCUGCAGCAUUUAAAAUCAAAGCCGUCAAGAGUUUCGAGUCAUUUGGAGAUGGAAGCAAAGCAAUGACAAAAUGCAGCUGGCUAAGGAAGAUUUGACUGCUACUGCAGUGUUGCUGAUGCGUUCUUGACAUGUGGCUCAAGAGAGAGAACGUUUAAGUAAGGGAAUAAAGGGGAGACCUAGAAAAGAUCAAAGCCGGCUCUGGCAGGAGUUUAGAGAACUGAGAAUUAUAGGGUGGUACAAAGAGAAGUGUGCAGAUUAAAGAACCAAGCACCACAAAGCGUGAGUAUGAUCAAAUACUGACUACACAAGGAAAUACAGAAAUCACAAUAAGGGUCAUUUUUUAAAAACUGAAUAAACAUGGCCCAAAAGAGAGAGUUGUAGGCAUGUGGAAAUGAGGGGGUAACAUUGUGAUUUAUUUUAAAAGGAGUUUAUUCACAAUUUUGCCCCGAUCAUUUUGAAUGGAAAUAAAAGCAGCUCUAAGAAAGAGUAACUGGAAAUGGUCAAACUCCCACAACAGGCAUAGAAAACAGAGAUAAUCAAGGGAGUUUUGUUACAGAGUUAGUUGGAGUGGUGACUGGAAGUAUGCAAGAAAAUAUAAUACUGAAUAUGACCACUCUGCAAUUCUCACCUUAGAUGGCCUCUUCAGUUAUGCGAAGUGUUGGCAUUGUGGUAUUGCCACCACCAGCACACUUGUUUUACCACACUGUAUAUCGUUUCCAGUCUUUCCUUGUGUUUGUUGCAGUCUAGAUUCUUUGUAUGUCAAGCAUGAUUUCUCACAGCAGAAGAAGAAAAACCCUGUGACAGCCAAAAGACUUGGCUAAUAGAGCCAGUGACCAGCUAGUAAAAUCCAAGGGGGCUUCCCAGAACGGCACUUAAUGUCUUAGACUUCUGCAACCUAACAUUUAACAGAUGUUGGAGUGCAAAUGUGGGGGCAGAGAUGAAACUGCACCUGCAGUGACUCUUUAGAAAUCUUUGUAACGCAGCAUCCCCUGCAAGCAGGGCAAUAUGAAUCAUGGCAUACAUAUAUAACUUGGUACCCGAUGACUCUGCAUGUGUGAGCCGCCUCCAUUGGAUGUGGUGACUGUUCCUCGUGUGCGAGUCAUUACUUGCUCUUGUGACUGCCAAGAGAUGAACUUGCAUCAUACAUGCACUCACCCUGAGUGCCAGGUUCAGAUCUAUCUCUAUGAGAAGUAGCUUGUUUUGUGUUAAAACAAAUGAACCAGAAGAUAAUAGAGUUGCUCCAGACUGCAACCUGGAGAUUCCCCUGAUUAGAAGGUACCACAGGACAAGUGUUUGUUUUGAACCCCCUGACUGUGAAUGGGUGGGGCAAUUUGGACCAGAGAAGUGGUGUGUGGAGAGUGUUAAUGUUCCUCUCCAGAAGCUUGUGGGGUUUUCUCACGUGGUAGAAGGGCCGUUGGAUUUCAUUGUACAGUGGAACCUCAGGUUGCGAACAUGAUCCGUGCAGGAGGCACAUUCGCAACCCGCAGCAUCGCGUCUGUGCACACGCGUGACGCGAUUCGGUGCUUCUGCGCGUGUGCAAAGUGCGAUUUAGUGCUUCCUCACGAGCACCAAAAUCUGGAAGUAACCCAUUCUGGUACUUCCGGGUUCAGUGCAUCUGUAACCCGAAAAAGCACAACCCGCAGUGAUUGCAAUCCAAGGUAUGACUGUACAUAUGUAAUGUGUAGUUUCCCCCCACUUGAUAGUACAGUGGUACCUCGGGUUACAUAUGCUUCAGGUUACAUUCGCUUCAGGUUACAGACUCCUUUAACCCAGAAAUAUUGCUUCAGGUUAAGAACUUUGCUUCAGGAUGAGAACAGAAAUUGUGCUCCGGCAGUGCGGCAGCAGCAGGAGGCCUCAUUAGCUAAAGUGGUGCUUCAGGUUACGAACAGUUUCAGGUUAAGUACAGACCUCCGGAACGAAUUAAGUACUUAACUCGAGGUACCACUGUAAUGGGUUAUUGGAUAAGACUUACUUGACUCCAAAGCAAUGUAUGAUGUCUGUUGCCUAUACUGUCAGUAGGGAAAGGGGAGAAGAAUGAAGUAGAAAUUACAUUUAAGAGGAACGUGCACCAUCUCAAAACAUUUUUUGCUCCUCUUUGCUGUCCUGCCUGCUGGAAAGGUAGAAUGCAUUCUCUUUUUGCUCUCAAACAGCAUAUUUGUGUAUGUUGCACCUAUUUUAUCAAGAUUGUUUUUACUUAUGUGAUACAGCCCUGCUUUAUUCCAGUAAUAGUCCCCAUCACCUGCUGACUUUCCAAACAAACCGUAUUCUGUAUUCUAGCAUUUUCCCUGAGCAAAUGACAGGUCUUCUAUUGGAAACGAAGCAGAGAGCAGUGUUAACUUAUCCCCAUUCUUCUUCUGUUUAACUCAGAGGUGGGAGAACAGAAACAGGACUUGCUCUGAAAUACAUUCUUCGGAAAGGAUUCUCUGGGGGCAGAAACUCAUCCAUACCUCAGAUCCUUAUAAUCCUAACUGAUGGGAGAUCUCAGGGCAAUGUGGCAGUGCCAGCCAAGCAGUUAAAAGAAAGGGGGAUUGCUGUGUUUGCUGUGGGAGUCAGCUUCCCAAGGUAAGUUUAUCCUCUAGUCUAGAGUGGGAAGAAGCCAGGGGUGCUCCAUUACUUAUUGACUACCAGUGACUGAAGAAAAGGCUUGCAGUGGAAGUGAGAUUUAUCAGGCUAGAGAGUUGAAGAGAAAGUGUUGGUCCACACGCUAGAAACCCAUCGCUAGGGAGAGUUUUAGGCAUCGCUAGGGAGAGUUUUGUAUCCCAGAGAGGUUUACAUCAAUAAAUGAAGAAAACAAACAAUAUAAUAAAUAAAAUAUACGAAAACAAUUCCAUAACCACAAACACACAACAAAAUCAACAUUAAAUUAUCCACCAGUCUAUAAGAAUAUUUGACUUUUAAAAAAAACCCCUGGACUCCUAUGCCUCCUCCAAAAGCAUGGAAAAAGGCAUGUGUAUUGACUUGCUUUCUAAAAGAGCAUUAUGAAGAGGCCAGGCACACCUCAGUGGGUUGCCAACUCCACAGGAGCCACUAUCAAAAAGGUCCUUCCCUUUCCUUGCAUUGAGCGUGUAUAUAAAGCUCCAAGGUGUACGUUUGUGUGCAUCCUUUUUCUAUUGGUAUAGUGGCAAGGGUAUUGUUGGGAAAUCUUUUGUUAAAGAGAAUGUGGUAAGAACAGAAAAAUAAUGUUUGUGUUUGGAAAAUGUAGUAACUACAGCAGAGCAACGGCUGCUAUUGGGCUUCAGUUUCACACACAUCUAUACAUGCAUCAUGCUCUUUUAAACAGCCCCUGUUAAUUAUGAUACCCAUUGCCAUUACGUUGUUGCCAUGCUGCAGUGCUUUAUUUGUUGUGCUGAAUUAUUUCUGUGCAGAUGGGAAGAACUGCAGGCACUAGCCAGUGAGCCGGCCGAAUGGCACAUCCUCUUUGCCGAAGAUGCUGAUGACGCCUCCAAUGGUCUAUACACCACCCUUACAGAGUCUGCCAUCUGCCGCGCUGCAUUUCCAGGUAAAAAAGGUUUUUAGUCAUCUACACACUGAUUAAACAAGUCUUGCCAUCUAUUUUGUUUAGGCACUAGCUGUCACGUUCAGCGGUUUUUUUGUGUUCCUGGGCCCAAAGUCUCAUUUGUCCUUCCUCCCUCCAGGCUGCUUUUCUAAUCUAGGGCAUUCUUUCUGUUUAUCAGAAGGCAGGAAGGAAGAGAAAUUCCAGACAGAGAGGGAGAAAGAGAAGCUUCAAAGUCUGGUGAUUAAGGGUAGAGCUGCUAUUUGCUUGUAGGGUUGCCUGUUUCUGAGAGCUUGAAGGCAGCAAGUGAGACUCUCCAGCAGUGGUGCCUCAUACACGGCCAUUCCAUCCCUGCACACGCCUAAGAGAAUUAAGCUGCAUGUUAAAUUUACUGUAGAGCGUGUAGCAAUGUCUUCAGUUUUUGAUAAUUAAACCAUUAGUGUGGUGGGAUGCUGGUCCUGCUGUAAAUGUCGCAGGUUGUAUCUAACACUGCGCAGGCAGAGUUCCAUUUGAGCAAUGGGACUUGCCCUCCCAAAAUCUGUUUUCCAACCUUCUGGAGAAGAUUUUAAGGAAGCGAGCGGGGGGUUGCCAAGUAGAGGAAGGGAAGUUCUAUUGUGGAAGCGGAAUAGCAGCAUUGGACGCAACACGUACGGUGAGAAGUCCCCCCACCCCAGAUACUUUUAAUCUGAAGCCCUAGUCAUGGGGGAGGGGCAGUUUCCUUGUAGAUUGGGGUUGGGAAGGCAAGAGGUAAGCUCCCCCUCAAUACACACUGUAUUUAUGGUAGGAAUUGUACUUCCGCCCCACCCUACACCUCUUAAUUUAAUUGACAGCAACAGCAAAAACCCAGAGUUUGUUCCAUGCUAUGCAGUGCCUAUUAGGUGUAGUUUGACCCUUUAUAAUUGUAUAUCACAGUAAGCAAUACAGAAGGCUGGGCAACGCAUGGGGGGGGGGCUUCAAGUUAGAGAGGGGGUGCUACCUAGCCAAGUGUCCUGUGUUUCCCUUCCCUCCACUGCCCACUUUGUUGAUUCCCCAGUUUUACCCCAUGGCAGUAGCUACAUCAAGUAUUUGGGUGUAUUGUUGGAAAUUCAAAAUGGUGGUUGGCCUCCCUUCCACUGCUAUCAGAAAAGCAAGUGUGAAAGAAAGACAGAAAGCUACCUCAUAUCAGCUCAAGUGGUUUGUCCAUCUAGCCCAGUAUUUUCUACUCAUCUAGCCCAGUAUUUUCUACUCUGAAAGCCUUUUCAUGUAAAUAAUGUGCUCUUAAUGUUUUGCUGUGCUCCCUUUUUGGGGGUGCAUAAAGUUUUCGAUCUCAGGCAAUGAAUGCCUACUCUUGAGACCAUUUUCUCCUUGCCCCAGGCUGCGGAGCUGAAUCUCACUCUUGCGAACGCAAAACACUCGAGAGAGUCAAAGAGUUUGUUGGAAACUACUUUUGCUGGAAGGGGUCGAAGAGCAAUAAUGCGGUGCGCACGUCGCUCUGCCCAUUUUACAAGUGAGUCAGCAGCUGUGUGCUGCCCCUUUAAACCCCAGUGGGGAUCAAUGAAACCUAUAUGUAUUGGUGCCCUAGGGAAAUGAAGGUGAUGGCUGGGCAGGAGCUCAGCACUGUCCUGUCCUGCUGGCUUCUAAGCAAAGUUUUAAAAAAUGAAGUUUAAAAAAGUGGGGGAGAAGCAGGAGAAAUGGAGCCCAUAACAAAAAAAUGGGUUUCAGACACUCCUAGGCUACACCCACAACAGCACCUGGAAACUAGUGUCUCCAGCAGUUUAGUGAUUUUUGCAUUUGAAUAAGAAGAGAGAUAGAGAGGCAGAGAGAUUUGGCUGAGUCCAGUUAUAGUUGGAAAUCAACACAGUAUCUCUUGAUUCAGAUGCAGGGCACAUCUUUGUAUUCCUGAAUUCCCUCCAGUGUCACAAUGGAUUGCUUUCCUUGAGGUAGAAAAAGAGCCAGGCCCAGAACUCUCACAGCUGGCCCUAGUACGCAACCGAGGCCUCUCCGGAUGUUUUUCAUGCCUCCUGGUUGGAAGAAACACUUCUUCUCUUGUCUUGCUCCUUUGACAGUGCUAUAAGAUCAUCCCUGAUAUGGGGCGAAGGCUCAAUCACUGGCAGGAAAUAGCCUCUGCUCAUAUUGCAGCCAAUGUGAAGCCCAAAGUCUGCAAACACAGGGCUAUAUUGUCAGCUUGGGGGCAGCAGGUCCAACAAGAAAAUUCCCCGCAUGCUGAGUUGAGGAUAUAUCCUAAAAUUAUGCAAGAUAAGUAAUGUCAAAUGCCUGUAAAAGGAAGUAGUUGCAUGCUCAAAUCUUUGUAAGAAGGGCUUGUACCCCUAAGUGAAAUAUUUGAGAAAGCACUUGGAAAGGAAAACAGAUCUUUGUGCCUUUUGUAGUUUUGUUUUGUUUCUGUAUAUAAAGAAGUUUUAAAAGAUGUAGUAUUUCCUUUCAGCUCCUCCUCCCCCCCUGCAUCCCCCACUUGUUUCCUCUAUGAGAAAUCUACCUUGGGACUAGCUAGGGAUGGUGGGAGGAAGCAGGCUUGUGAUAGCACACACACACAUAUCUUGAUUGACGCAUCGUGGGAAGUAAAGAAAUAAAAUAGCUUUGAAAAGAGCAAAUUUUUAUGAGCAGGCCAACAGAAUUCUGAAGUUGGAAUAUCUUACAUAGUAUGUAGAUUUAUGUAAAUGAAGAGCAUACUUUAAAGAUGUACUUCUCGGGAGUUACAGCAAGUGUGUGUGUAUGGGGGGACAGAGCCAGCGAUUAUGCAGCUAGACAUUGUUGGACUCCAGAUCCCAUCGUCCCUGUCUACUGGCCUUGCUGGGACGGAUGGGAGUUGGAGUCUAGCAUCUCAAGGGCACCACAUUGGUUACCCCUGGUGUAAGUAAACGUGAGAGGGUGGUGUGGAGUUUAGAGACAUCAGUGGUGAAAUCUCUGCUGCCUUGGUUUUUUUGCUUUUCCAUGGGCUUUAUUUUUGCAAAGCUUUCUGGCUAGGCAUGCAUAAGAUUGUGUAUAUAAUACAUUAACCAAACUGAAAGUUGUCAACUUCUAUUUCAUAGACUAAAGUUUAUCCCAAUCUCACUUUUUUAUAUACUGGCUUUUCUAAUUAAGCUGGAGGAAUACCUUCAUCAAGUAUCCUUCUAGAUGCUACCGUACCACAUGCCCAGGUAAGAUACGGUCUUCUGAAACAUUUCAAAAUGAAAAAUAAUGAGGUAUUAAUUUCAUACCUGGACUUGUCUUGACUAAAUUCCGCAAAACAAAUUAUGGUGUAAGAAUGUAAGAUAAAGAGAAAAAUAGAGAAGAGGAACUGAGAAAGAAACAGUUGACGAAGUAUACACCCCGACCUGCAUUGAGGAUGAAGGAAGUCAAAUAGAAAUCAAUAAGAACUGAAUUAGGGAUGUAUCUGUAACAUCUGCUUUGCAUUUGUAGUUGUAGUAUUUUUUUGUUAGUUUGUUUUGUGAGUGUUGUCUGUGUUGGUAUCGGUAUAAUAAAUCAAUUAAAAAAGAGAGAGUGAAAUUUUAAAAAAUGGGGUAAAAUAAGGUGGUGCCUCAAUUAAUAGACAUUCUGUUUGCCAACAAAGGGAAACAGGAGAAGCCUAGUUUAUCAGAAGAGUGUCAAAUGAAGACCUUUUUACUGUGUUCCAGAGUCUAUUUUGCUUUUCUAAAAGGCAAGAUACGCUCUCGCUAGACACAAAAAAGGGAUCUUGGGGUUAAAUACUCUGCUUAGAUGCCGUGUGAACUGUGCCUGAGUUUUCCUAGAGCUCAGUCCUGUUUACAACUUAACAACAAGAAGAAAGGCUCUAUAAUCAUUGAUUAAAAAAUUAAAUGGGUACCCUUGUCUUUCUCCUUCCUGGUUGUUGGUUUGUUUUUUUUUAGAUCCUUGUGGUUCUCAUCCUUGCCAGAAUGGAGGCACAUGCAUUCAGCAGGGAUUAGAAGGAUACCACUGUGUCUGCCCAGUUGGCUUUGGAGGAGAUGCUAAUUGCGGUAUGCCUUUUCAUCUUAGGCACCAGUGCUUUGAGGUUGUUGUUUUUUAAUGUGUCACGAACAUCACUCAGUUUCCUGUAACAGUUCUGGUUGUUGUUAUUUUUGUUUUAUAACAGGGAAGAGACUCGAUUUACAAAACAAAACAUGAAAUGUUUCAGAGGAAGGGGUUUUUUGUACUGCUUGUUUCUGGUGACUGAGACAUGGGGCUCAUCCAGAUUUCCUUUUGCACCACAUUUCUAGGCACAGGUCUGGGCUUUAAAGCUCUGGAUCUGAGCGAUUUUAUUUUUGCCCCUGCGCUUUCCCCAGGAAAACGUGUGUUUUACCACUGAAUAAGAGCAAACAGCAAAUGGGUUUUGUGUGGAUUGCCAUUUGCUCCAAAAAAAUAACUGCUUGGACACAGAGCUUUAAAGUCCAGACCUGUGCCUAGAAAUAGAGCACAAAAAGAAGUCUAUAUGAGCCCACGGUGAAAGCUGUAAUCUUAAUCACAUUCACUGGGAAAUAGGUCCCAUCAAGGUUAAUGGGAAUUACUUCCAUGUUAGUAUAAUUAGGAAAAGGAUCUGAAGAUUCUUGAUGACAAUUUCAGGACAUUCAGGCUGCAAUUAAUUAUUUGUUUUUAUUUACAUCACACACACACACACAAUUUGCUUGGAAGAAAACCUCAAAGUGGUUUAAAACAUUAAAAUUAUCAGUUAAAAACAAAUCUUUAAAUUGUUAAAAAAAAAGAUUAAAAUCAGUGCAACGCCAAAAACCAGAUUAAAACAUGUUUAUAUGUCUGGAUUGGCUUGCCUAAACAAAAAUGUUUUUAGCAGUCACCGAAAAGAGUACCAUGAAGGCGCCUGCCUGGUGUCAAUUAUAAGCCAGUCUUCCUGGAAACAAGCCCAAUUACACUCACUGGAACGUAUUUCUGAGCAGACAUGUAUAAGAUAGUGCUGUUAGCUUUGCUUUAUGUCUUUGCAGCCAACCUGUCGUUGCUGCUUAUUUCUCCACACCCAAAGAGUUGGCAUGUCUGCAAAAGGCAGCAAACAUCAAAUAAUUGGGGAGGCUGUUAAAAGGAAGUGCAGCAUUCAAAAUCGCAGGCCACUCUUGAACUGGCUCUAUACAUAGAAUAUUGUUGUGGAGAGCAAGUGUUAUUUUUGCUAGGAAUUUCUAUGAAGACAUGGAUCAAGCAAUUCAUUUCUGGUUGCAUAUCUUAGGCUGGAUCUAAGACACUUCAAAAAGAAGGUUUCAGGAAAACGCAUUGUGAACCUCAUAAUGGGAAAUCACGUUGGCAAAAGACGGAACUCUACAGUGCCAUCUGGUGUCACAACACUUUUUAAAAAACUAACGUAGCUGAGUCGUUAGUGGCUCUUUGUUUGUUAAUUGGUUCUGCAGAUUCUGCUUAUACUGAGAUUGGGAGCAAGGCUCAGGAUUCUGCACUCUCUCCACUGUGGAUAGAUCCUACCCUGGCCUGGGGUGAAUGUUACUGUAAUUAAAAGUUGGCAAGCCUAAAUUAUCAUAGCUUACUGAUUUCAACAGGCUACUCUAGACUCCCUAUUAGAAACAUCUUGUUACAUUUUUAUUUGGACUUCUUAACCCUUUCUUAAUACUUUUAAACAAAAUUUCCAGCACCCAAGCUGAGUCUAGAAUGCAGCGUGGACCUUCUUUUCCUGGUGGACAGUUCAUCCAGUACCACCCUCGAAGGCUUCUUGCGCUAUAAAGCUUUCCUGAAGAGGUUUCUCCAAGCCGUGUGGAGUAGAGAGAGCCCAGGGAAUGUGGGUGUGGCCCAGUACAGCAACAAUGUCAAAAUGGCCGUCGGCAUUGGAGACCACCAAGAUGCACUCAGUCUGGUGAAGGCUGUUGAUUCCAUGCAGUUCAGAGGAGGAAGCACCUUGACUGGCAAAGCUUUGCGGUACGUUACACAGCAUGGCUUUAAGAGCGGCCCAGUCUUUGCUGAUACACCCGAUGACCUCCCACGUGUGGUCGUCUUGCUCACGGAUUCAAAUGCUCAGGAUUCGGUGGCAGAGGCAGCUAGGUACAGCAGAGGCCAAGAUGUCUUCCUCAUUGGAAUUGGCAGCGAAUCUUUGAAAGCAGAGCUGGAUAAUAUUACAGGGAAUCCAAAGUGGACACUGAUCUACUCAUCCCCACAAGAUCUCUUCAACAAGAUUCCUGAACUACAAAGGAAAAUAUGCAGCAUAGACAGCCAAGGUAAGGGUUCUAGGUAAGAAAGCAUUAUCAUUUGGUAUCUCAGCAUCUACUAUUGGCUGUCAGGUCCUGCUAUCCACAUACUUGCUAUCCAGAAAUUCACUUAUCUGCACUUAAAGAAUUCUGCCCAAACCUCACUAUAUGCUCCACAGAUUCACUUAUUCGAACAGCCAAUUUCCUUACUCGGUUUGGGUUUUUUGUUUGUGAUUUGCUGGUCAUCAUCCCAGCAGCUAUUUUCAGGCAGGAGCUAUGGAGAGAGGGAAGGAAAAGCAAGAUCAGAUGAAUCCGAGGCCAGGAAAAAAUCUGACAAAACUAUGAAAAGAGUGGACAAAUUGCACAUUGGAAGUGUUUCCAUAGGAAAUAAUAGAAAUCGUGGACUUGUUUAUGUGACCACUUGCCUAACAAUUUCCUGGGAACACAUUGUGUCCAUAAAUCAGUACCUGCAUGUAUGACUUAAAGAGACACUGGUAUAUUCUGAUACAUACUUGAAGAUGUAUGAUGGAAAAUGGGAACAAAAGGCAUCACUUCUCAGCAGUUAAUCAAGUCUAGUUGCCUGCAAUCAAAAUGGAUCUGCUAUUUGCUAAGCCAUCUCAGAGGCUUAGCUGAGCUUUUCUUCAGAACAAAUUCUGAGAAGGUGGUGCUAGUGAAUGCUUCCAUGGCCUUUGCUGAUCAGAGGGAAUUGAUUCAGAUCUUUAUCUAUACCUUCUAAGAUGAUGAAACGUCUAUAGUUUUUCUAAGCAAAUUAUGAGUUAAUGAAUUAGAACAGGCAUCCCCAAACUCGGCCCUCCAGAUGUUUUGGGACUACAGUUCCCAUCGUCCCUGACCACUGGUCCUGUUAGCUAGGGAUGCUGGGAGUUGUAGUCCCAAAACAUCUGGAGGGCUGAGUUUGGGGAAUGCCUGAUUUAGAAGAUUGUUUUAGUUUGACUGAGCUAUUUAGAAAUGAACUAAAUGUUGGGUUUAUUCUGAUAUUUGUUACAUUUUUCUCCCUCCCUUCCUUCAGUGGCUUCAGGCUGGCAUACAUUUUAAUUCUAACAACAGCCCUGUGAGGUAGGUUAGACUGAGAGGUGGUCGCUGGCCCAAGCUCACCUUGGUGAGCCUCAGAACCAAGCAGGAACUUGAAUGUGAUCCAAUAUUCUAGCACUGGGUUUGCCUCACCUUACUGCUUGCUCAGUGCCGUUUAAUUUUUACAAUUCAAAAGAAAUCUGCUGUUCUAAGACUCCUGCCUUUCUAAAUUUAGCCCAAACUAAUGUCUAUAUGACCUUAUGCAAAUACCAUUCCCUUUCAUUUGACUGUGUUUUAGAUGCCUUCCAGCUAUUCAGACUAUUGAGCCAUGUUCUCAGAAGCUUAAUGCUGCUCCUUCCUUACUUCCUUCCUUCCUUCCUUCCUUCCUUCCUUCCUUAGGCUGCCCAUCUCAGUCUAUGGACUUGGUAUUUGCUUUGGACUCUUCAGCUUCUGUUGGAAGGAAUAACUUUGUGCAGCUGAAAACCUUUGUCAGCAGCCUCUCUCUCCAAUUUGACAUCAAUCGGGAUGUGACUCAGGUAGGCCUUGUUGUCUUUGGGAAAAGGCCUCACUCCACGUUUGGGCUGGACACACACGUGACCAGCUCAGAUCUCCAUGAAGCCAUCAGUCAAGCUCCCUUUGUAGGUGGCUCUGCCUCGGUUGGCAGCUCCUUGCUCCAUAUUUAUGACGAUCUCAUGACUGUCCAAAAAGGAGCGAGGCCUGGUGUGAAGAAGAUUGUGGUGGUGGUCACAAGUGGAGCUGGAGUGGAGGAUGCCGUUGUCCCAGCUCAACAGCUACGUAAUAAUGAUGUAUCUCUACUGGUUAUUGGGAUGGAACAAGUUCAAGUGAGCUCAUUGCUGAGGAUUGCAGGUUCUCACAAUAAUCUCUUGAGGAUUCCUUCCUAUGAAGAGCUAAAAAAUAAUGAAGAACUUAUCCUUGAAAGAAUAUGUGAUGGUAAGUUGAUUAUUUUGACUUUAGGGUUGUAUCUGUAUACAAUGAAUAGAAUAAAACCACAUUUCUUUAUUAAUACCUUUAUUUUAUUAUUAUUUUGGAUAACCCUUUGCCCAGUGUAACCUGGAGCCAGCCCUUCUUUCCCUGCAUAUGCCCAUAAGCCAUGGGUUGCUAAUCUGCAACCUUCCAAAUGUUAUUGGGCUACAGCUCCCAGUAUUCAAUUUGUGAUGGUUCAGGGUGAUGGGAGUUGGAGUCUUAACAUCUGGAAGGACUACAGGCUUGUCACUUCUAUCAUAAUAAAUCAUAUAUUAUUAUUUUUUAGAAUUCACAUUUGUUUCUUGGUUUAUCACCAAUAUCAAGUGUCUGAAGGGGCUGGCUAAAUAUCAAUUUACAGUGAAUUAGAAGUGCAUUGUACAUAUCAAGUACCAGUAAAGUACAUUACUUGAAACAUCAGUGCAAUAAAAUUACAGUGCUAGUCUGGACAUUUCCAAACUUGAGCCAUAUUUAGUUCUUGAAUUUGAAAUGCCAAUUGAUUUCAGGGCUACCUUUUCUGAUGUAAGCAUACUUCUAAGAAAAAGAAGAAGAAAAAUAAGAUCUAUGCUUCAGCACUACCUAACAACCACAUAUGCCUAACCCCCCCUUCUUUGAAGUUGAAAAGAAGCCACAUUAAACACUUCUUCCCCUUCGUGUUUAGUUUAAACCAUCUUCAAAUCAGUAUUUGCCAUGUGUCUGAUUAUCUGUUUCACCUUUUAAGCCAUUGUUCAUCCAAGAUUAGUGCGUAUUCUUAACACAUCAAACAGGGAUUGCUUGUGGUAAAUGGCAAAAGGACUAACUGGUCUUUCACGGGCUGGUGUGCUUUGUUUACAAAACAACUCAAGAUGAGACUGAACUUGUAGUCUUUGAAGAGCUGCAGCUUAGUCAUUUAUUUAAUGACUGGUAAGGUGAUGUACUGUCAGAUCCUGUGUGUGAAGGAAGGGCAUGUGAUGGUACAAAUGGGGACCAGGAACAGUAAUUGUGAGUUGAGGAGGGUCUGUAGAAAGUUCUGGAGCAGGACGCUGGCAUCCCUAAUUCCAGCAAAAAAGUUUCAGCUGUGAUUUUGGCUGUGUGAAAUUUAAGUAAUGCACUCAAUGUAUAGCUUUGUCCUAGGUGUGAGACUUUCCCUCUUCUAAGGCUGUAAGGCGUUUCUGCAAUACCAGGAGAUGUGUUCACUGAUUUCCAUCUCCACAGAACAACUGGAAUCCUGCGGCAUUAAGAAAGCUUUGGUUUCUUUCUUUCUUCUUGCGCCUGCCAGUCAACAUGACUUGUUGUUUUCUUUUGUCUGUUGCAGAGGCCAAGAAGCCAGCAAACCUCUGCAAACCCAACCCCUGCAUGAAUGAUGGAGUUUGUGUUUCUGGAAAUGGCAGCUACUGGUGUCGGUGCCAAGGCUGGGUAGGACCUCACUGUGAAAACAGUAAGCAUCAAAGUACAGUAGCCAAAAGGCAUUUAGGCCUCCUCCCUCAUUUAGAUUCAUUGUCCCCAUCUGAAACAAAUGAUCCCUGAAGAAUCCACUUGCUCCGUACCUUUGCCCCAGAUAAAGUCAAUUCAUUUCCAUUUAGAUCACAUUCCUAAAAGUAUGCUGAAAAAGGGAGGGUGGGGAAAUUAAAUAAGCUUCAUAGUAUCAAAUUUUACGGUUGACUGGUAAAUGUACUUUUGGCUUGUUCUCUUCACAAAUACUAAUCUUAAAUGACUCAGUGCAAUCUUCUUAAACCCAUAUAUUUCUUAGGUUUAAUUGGCACACUCUUUCACUAAGAUCUUGUUGGAUCUCAUUCCAAAAGAGUCAGCUUGUUACAGCAAAAGCAGAACAACCGAGCAUGUAGUGCGCACUGUAUUUGUUUUGCUGAACAAGAGGUGCUCUGCAUGUGCAAUGCCUCUUUUCUGCAUUGACCUAUUUGGAAGGAUCAGGAAGCAUAGGAGGAGGCCUACAAUUGUCUUCCUGUGAGGUUGGCGCUUUGAGCAUGUCCUUGUUGCUGCACAGAUGACACCAGCCUCACAAAGCAGGUUGCAUCCACCAGUCAAGGUGCUCCUGACAUCCUUUAGGAUGUUUGAGACCAAAUACCAAAAGAGAAGAGUACUCACAUAUUUGCUUCCACUCCCACAUAUCUUUAUCUGUGAAAAUGUCAUUGUUUUCUGGGAUUCCUUUUUGAUCUCAUAACUUACCCCUUGCAAUAUUCCCUGCGUUGUAUUACUAAAUUGCCAGAAGCAUGACAAAUGGAACUUGAUUGCUGAAGAAACCUUAAUAAUCGGUAGUGCAAACAAGACCUUACCUCAUUGGAAAAUAUACUUGUGAAAUCUUUGGGUGUUGGGAGGAGCCAUAAUAUGGAUAGUCUUAAUGAUGAAAGAGUUAACUGAUAUAUAGCUGAAGUUGACCUUUUCAGUCCCUGCUAGGUUGUCAAUGGACUAAGUGAAGCAACUUCACUACAGACCUACAGACUCAUUUGUAGGCUUCAUUCAGGUGUCCUACAUGCCAGGAAAUGAAAUUCCUGCUGAUCUGUUGCCUAAGGUUGUUAACAGAGAACAACUUAAGGUUUACGUACAAAGGUUGCAAUUGGGUUAAACCACAGGUACUACAGGUUACACGGAAAGCGGGAGGAUGUUAGGAUAUUUCCGUAUCCUAACAAUUUCAACCUGUUGGAAAAAUGAAAAGGCUUCAUUUAAAAUUCAUGUUUCAUUUUUGUAUGUAGGAAAACCAUAUUUGACUGUUUGCUCUGGGAAACAAUCAUUCUUUAUUUUUAAUAUAGGAAUUCAGAGGGGUGACACUUCACAGAUGCAUCCAGCCAUGGUCCGUGCUCCACAAAACCGACGCGGCUGGCGACAGCUGUAUCGAUCUCGCAAGCAUUCCAAAAGGCAAAUUCCAGAGACUCACUGACUAUCUUCAGCUACUGGAAACAUUGUAUGAAAGAACUGAAACACAGUCAACGUUUGCAAGCAAUAAUGCUGUUCCCCAAAGCACAGGAGUUUUGCACAGAAUCACUUCCUGGUACGCCAAAUGAGGUGACCAAUAUCUAGUUUGUGUUGAUAUUAGAUAUUUAUUGUUGCUGUACUGACACUUUCACCAUUUAAGGUCAGCGUUUCUUCUGUAUGGUGAGUUCCAUAGCUCUGAAGAUUUCAGUUUCUGUACUGGAUUGGACAUUCUUGGGAAAGUUGGUACCAUUUUAAAGUUCAGAUGAAACCAGCAAAAUGACUAAGGUUUGAUUUAUAUUGUUUACAGAUACCUGAAUUUCCCUGACCAUCGAGAAGUUCCAGGCAUGCAGUGCUUACUUGGGUUUGGUUUCCUUGGGAAGGAGGUCACUGGAGGCUUAUGCCUUCUUUUAAUUAUUUGAAUUUAUUUACAAAUAUGCAGGUUAAAAAAAUGUGAUAGCUUUAAGUUUAAGCCUUAAACUCUAAUAUAUAGCCAAAGUCCACUGCUCCCCCAUUGGAUCUUCACAGCGAAGCCCCCUCCAAAGGCACUUCCCUUCUGUGUCUGACAUCCCAACUCAGAAUGAAGUCCACUCACAGCUAAAUUGCCAUCUGCCCCUGGAUUGAGGUGGAGGAAAUGAGGGUGGCUCAUUUUCUCCAAUUAAUUUUUCUAAUCAAUUAUCAAGCUUCCCAAUCCACUGGCUGCAAGAAUCCUUUUGCAAUAAAUUCUAUCAGUUUGACUAAACAGUGUGCAACUAUUUAGAAAAAUGGGCACAACCUCAUCACUUUAUUAGGAAUGGCUUCCUUUGCAGCAUGCAACCUGUGCUUGCAAAAGCAAUCUGUUGGCUAGCUCUGGUUAUUGGUUGUACGUCGCUUGUGGUACAACCAACACCCAGAACAUGUGCCAUGCUCAAUUCUUUUCUGUGUUGUCCUCUGUAUGUUGUUGUUUGUUUGUUUUUCGCUCUGCAUCUUCUGUCUGUAGGAAGAAAACUUGUUAAAUUGGGCCUGACAAGCAUUUUGCAGUUCUAAAGCACCACAUCAGCAGCUCACCUGUUGCAAUAUUUAAUAAGCAUUUGACUUUCUGCACCAGCUUCAUUUAGUUAUGCCAUUCCAUCGUGCAGUAACAUGAUGUGAAAAAUAACUUGGGAAAAUGCUGAUCAGUAAUAAGAGGAGUUGGGUAUGAGGUUAAGAUGGGUAUAAAGCUGUUUUGAACUGUUGAAUCUACUGGAUUGAGGGUUUUGUUUGUUUGUUUGUUAUACCACCAAAUCCAUAUCAGUUUUCUAUUUAUCUCACCGAAGCAGUGCUCUUAGUUUUGCCAGUUGCAGCCCUACCACAUUUUAUCUGUGUUAAGGAUAUAAACAUGUAAGGUUUCUGAAGUAGGUUUCGUUCUCUAGUGCAGGGGUAGCUUUCAGUUCUUGGAAUGUAUUUUUGCUUAUCUGCAGAUAUUGGGACAGCUGAACAGAGGGAAUAUAGACACAGCUGAGCUAUUCAAACAAGGUACGAAGACAAGUUUCACCACUCUGCUCCCAGUGCCCUUAUAUGCCAUUCCAACCUUUCUGCACUGUAGUGUUGUUUUGUGUUUUUAUUAUACCUUUUUAAAAAAGUUUAUGCUGUAUGAAUAGACCCACUGAAAGCAGCAGGCUAAAAUCCAUUUAUUUGAUUGGAUCUACUCUGACUAAGGUUGGGCAUCCACCCAUUUUGAUUAUAUUGGCUCUCCUAUUGAGGCAGAUAGGAAAGUCAAAAUGGUUGAAAAUAAAGAGUAAAUUUCAGAGUGCUAAGAUUGCAUCCAUCACUAGCAAACCUAUCUAAAAUGAUGAAACAGUAGGCACCCAAAAAUAUUUAGAACAAGGUGAAAAUCUGAGGCAUCUGCACCCAGUUUUGCCCAUCUUGGGAGUCGUAAGACAUUCCAGCGCUCAGCCUUCCCUUGCAACAGUUCCUUUUUCCCAGCAUGUACAGCAUCCAACACUGAUUGCAAGUAGGCCUGAUGCUUCUUCAUAGCCGCAAAUGGACACUAAAGUUUGCUUCUCUGCUGGAGUUUUGUAAUCAGAAGAGUUUGUGCAAUUUUCUCUUAACCUGAGGUUUGCAGUAGGCUGCUCCCUCCCUAGGCUGCUUAAUCAAGCCUUCAGAGCAAGCUGGAUGAGAAGUGUUUUUUAUUAGGGGAAAAAGAUAAGACUGGGCUUUCUACACAAAACAGCAGCAGCUUCUACUUACUUUCCAUUCUAAGAGGGCCCCCCAGUGGACAAAAGGGCAUUUUUCCGCCCUCCUUUUUGAACUCCCAGAGAGUAUUUAUUUUCAUCAAAGAGAGUUUUGGAUUAUGUUAACAGGGCCACACGGCAAAAAGGUUUGGCUGUAUAUGGGCCUGCAAAGUUAAACGUUAUAGACAGACACUGCUUGGUUUUCUCUCUCUCGUUUUUUGGACUAUGUAAUGAUUUUUACACGCACGCUUAGAUUAUAGCCAACCUUUUUCUUUAUUAAAAAAAACUUUUCUAAAAUAGCAAUGGAUUGAAAAGACACAUGUACAACAAAUAGAAAGUAUUAUUUUUAGCUAGGAACACAGUAACAACUUCAUUCUAUGGUGAGUUAAAUGAAGGCUUUGGGUCUGAAACUGCCUGCUUUACAUAUUGACUUUUUGUGUCCCUGGCCCGCCCCCCUACUAUCAGCUAUAGUGUUGAGGUGGAGGAAACACAGCGCUGUGUGUCAGGAUGAGAUCUGUGGCACAGAUGCUGGGGUACACCUCUGGCACCUUCCCCCUUGAUGCUUCCAGUUUCUCAGGGCACCUGAGGACCAAAUCUUUAUUGACCCCUCUGCCUCCCCUGCCCUUAUUCCCCCAUCUUAAACACUUGCGCCAGCAAAGAGACAAAAAUGCAGUACAGACACCACAAGACAUGUACAAUGGCAGUGACAAGGCGCACACUGGCACAAUUAAUUCCUAGGGUCAAUGUAGACCCAUUACUUCAACAACUGUGGAUGCUACUUGUAUGACAAAUGGUAAAAUACCUGUUGCUUUCAGAAUGGUGCCACACAUGGUGUAGCUCUUUCAGAUGGGCCUGUAACCUGUGGAUAGUGGAUAUGCUUGUACUGUGGUUUUAAAAAGCCUGGUUUUUUAAAAAAUACACGGUGAUUACAUUACACAGGUGGCUUUUUAGCUUAAAUGAUAUAUUGUCUGCAAACUUAAACUGUUCUCCCCUGAUAUGAAGUAACCCCCUGGAGAUUGUUUCCCUCUCAAAAGAAGAAAGGAGAAAAUGUAUACUCACAGAUCUAGGGUUUCUGCCCGCCUUGUGAGUUUCUGGCCUUUCCAAUUGAUGCCCCAAUGAUCCAGACAGCAUUAAGUACUUCUAAGACUACAAUCCUAUGCAUGCUGACCUGGCACAAGUCAAUGGGGUAUACAUACUAAGAAAGCAAACAUGGUUAAACAGCAAAUUCUUCUUGAUUGUCAGGGUACCUGCUUAGGCACAUGCUUGACUCAAGCCAUUUUGGCUGAAUCUUGGAGCUAAAGGGGGGUGGGGGCAGAGAGAUGGUUUACAAAUGGCAGAAGACUGGUGUGGGAUGAAAAAUCCUGUGUGAAUAUUCCUUUCCACCCCACCACCUAUUUCUGGAGCAGUAAGAGAUCUCCCAGCAAAGUAGUAGAGCAGGAGUCACUCAGUGCCUAGAAGUCACAGCAGUUAAUUAAAUCAAAGUACACCAAUUGCUGUACACUGCCCUAUGUUAUCAGUAUUUCCCCAGGGGCAAAUAUCGCUUCUACUGCUGAGGGGGGAAAGCUGUUUUUUCAUAAUAAACUACGUAGUUUGGGGAAAGAUGUUUGGAGAUCCUGCAGUGACUGACCAGCAGGAGUGCACAUUUAUUGCACAAGAAAAUGUUCAUCUGAAAAGGCCCUUGGAUAGUGAGAUACUGAGCUCAAGCACCUGUGGUCUUUACAGCAUUUAGUACUGUGUUAGUACAAACAAUUUAAUAAAAAAUUCUUUCCUUUGUAUACAGCUAGCUUUGAAAAAUUAUUCAUAUUCAAGGUUAAAAUUCAGGAACCUGACAUUUUUGGCACAGAGUCCACACCUAACUCUGCCUUAUAUACAUAAUUUAAUCUCCUUGGGUUUGGGGAACACAGCUCAGUCAACUUCUACCUUGGUCUAAUUAUACUUUUGUUUACAGAAAACAGAAUGAUAAGAAUAUAUUCAAGGGUAAAGGGGUGGAAUUCCCCACUCUUCCAAAUGUUUGGAUGAUUAAAUUCACCAUACUUGGGUAAACAAAUUCUCCUUCGCUUUUGUGCACUUAACUUCCAUACAGUAUGCCAACUAUUGUGCAGAAUAUGAUGAUGUGGCAUCUGUUCCUACACGCUACUAUUACGUGUAUAUUAUUAACCUGAAGCAUUCCAGAGUAACUAAAGUGCAUUCAAAUCACCCCACAGCAUACUUAAUCACAUUUUGGAAGCUAGGACAGAAGAUUCCACCCCUUUAUUCCUCAAAUGACAGAUGCAGUGGCUAAAGAAUUACGUUAAAUGACUUUCUGGCCCCAAUCCACAAAGAUUUAAGUUCCCAUCCAUGCACAGCCUCUAAUCUAUAGCAUUUAAGUGUAGAUCCUUAGUCAUAAUGAGAUAUCUCUGCUACUUAUGCCCACUGGAAAGCCCUUCUUAAUCACAGGGGUUGUCUGUGGGUAUUGGAAUGUCUAGUCACCUGUGAACCCAGUGCAUUGCUCUUGUGCCGACAACUGAUAAUAGCUCUCUUCAGUGCUAUUUUUCUAGAAAAAGAGAUGCCAGAACUGCCCAAGAACACCUCCCUUGUUCUCUUAUAUUGGCAAUGGCACCCACCCGAGAGGUGCUGGAACUGAGUUCCAGCUGAAAAAAGCCCUGGCUUUCCUUGUACAAGCAUUAAACAUUGAAAAUUAAGAAGCUGUAGCAGUGGUUGUCACCCACUGGGACUAGUUGGAUGGGAAGCCAACAGUAGGUGGUGCCAGAGCCAAUGAAAGACAUAGCCAACUAAUUUUAAGUUUUGUCCCCAUCCUCCUGAGUGCUACAAGGGCAGAACUGAGGCUAAGGAGGAGAAUGUUCACUGCCAGUGCCAGUCCUGGACUGGUUAUGAGUAAGAAGGCAGGCAGGCGGGUGGGAACUGGCUAUGGGUUGGUGGGACACUGCCCCCAUUUGCCCUAACAAAUGAGCCUCCACUGAGCUGUACUUGUUUUUUGGUCAGGAAUUCUUUGUGGAAAGUCAGGCUGCAUUGUGUACAACAAUAAUAAUACCUUUUAGCUGUGUCUCUUGGUCUCCCUGGCCAAAAUUUUCUCCGUUGGUUGGAACAGCUCUUCUCCAACAGAAAAGUCUGACACAGAGACUUGUAUUUACUUAACCAGCUUUCAGGAUUUUAGCUCAGGAAACUGAAUUUACCUCCGUGAUCCCCAGGCCCUGGUGUAUCAGAAGAACAUUAAACAGAUCUGGCAAGAAUUCAGUCCUUGCUGUUCUAUUGCUAACAACAAAUCCUGGAUUGGACAACAGUAAAACACCAAAAUAGAAAUACACAAAGGCAUCAUUAUGUACAUUGGCCGGGUUAAAAGCAAGGUUUCCACUUGGGUUAACUCUCUCAGCUGCACGGCACUCCUCUGCUAAAAAAGGAGCAAAUUCCUUAGUCUGAUGAAGGCCAUGUUGGGUUCUGACCCUGGUCCCUCCAUUAUUUCUUGGUAUACAGCUGGCCAUGCUUUACCUCAUCUAGACCAUUCUGUACUUGCAAGAGAAUCCUGUAGUCCACGAAUGGCCACUUCUAAUAUUGAGUCCAUUAUUGGUGCUAGGAUUUCCUAACUAGCACCUUUCUUCUCCCAUUCCUGCAAAACAAAAAUGGAAAAAUAGGCCCCACUUGAGGGCUUAUCCUUAUCUUUAUAUAUUUCUUUCCAAAACCCCAAUAGUUUUAAAUAUGCCAUAGGCCAUGGGCAAAUUAUUCUUGCCAUAAUAAGCACUACAGGCAUGUCUUACCUUAGCUUUCUGUAGAACUGUUCCUUUCCCUGUGACCAUGACAGAUAAAGGCCGGUUUUUUAGUGCCAUUGCUGAAUUGACAGGCGAGUUUUCUGUGCCAUUCAUAGGGUUGGCAACCUUCAUCUGUGUUUAUGGGGGAAAGAUAAUAGCUGUGGUCAUACACAAUUGUCUAAAAUAGUUCAUCAGGCACAGGUCAGAGAGCCCUUCUUGCCGAACAUUAAAGAUCUCAUAUUCCAUCAUCACAAAGCAUCAGCAAUAAAAGUGCUGUUUAUUAAUGGCUUAUUAGAUCUACCUCUGGGCACUGUUUAUUGACUUUAUGCUUUUGGUUUUAAUUAUGUUGCUUUAUCUGUUGUUAUCAGGAACGGCCAAUGAGGUGCUACAUUUAUAAGCCACCCUCCCAACUCCAGCACUGCUGCGUACCAGGACAAGGUGGGGCAGAGCAGUGGCAAGGUCAGAGCUCCAUGGGGUGCUCUGGCAAAGGCAAUCUGGCACACCCACCAAGGGGAACCCACACAGCCCUGACUGUGCUGACAAUUGGCUCCACCCAAAGACUGUUGCAGGACGUGGCAGUGACACGAGAGGGGCUCGGCAGCCACUUCUGAUGGCAACGCAUAAAACUCAUAGCUAUGUGGCAGUCUGUAAGUCUAGGUGUAUUCCUCAAACUGAACAACGUUCCUCAUCCCUGCUGUAACUGGAUCUAUAGCUCCAUGACAAUAUGGCUCCUUGGGGUAUCAUAACUGAGGUAUCAAUCAACCCCACAUGCUAUUUAGGCCUAGCUGUUGGGAGACACAGGCAUCCAUAUUGCUAUUACCAGCCUCCAAGGGUGGUCAUGUGCAGUUCUGGCUAGGAAAAUAGUGAGGGAGAAAAGCAUUAAAGCCCCUCCUUCCUCAGUGCUGCUAUUUUAAGCCCCCUGCCCGCCCACCAAAUUGCCUUUUGAGCUUUACAAAACACAUCAAAAAUGCAAUCAUGGAUCUUCUGCAUCAUGCGUAGUUUGAACCAGCUGCUGGCUUCAGCUGCUUCGCUUUGCUGAAAAAGACCCUGCUAACGAUGCCAAUUAUAAACAGCCGCCUACGUACUUUAGGGCUUGCGUUCUCCAGGUGUGUGGUGUCCACCGCAGUGCCAAGUGUUACAGGCCCAGACUCUGCUUUCCGGAGAUUCUCCUUCACCUCCACGAGACUCAGCUCCAAGUCCACACGCUGAUCUUCUUUCCUUUUGCACUCCUCCUCUAUUUCCUUCAGUUUUUGCUCCAGUGUGGGCAAAAGGCUCUUGUCUGCCGAGGAAAGAAGCACAUGCAGGUGGAAAUCCAACAGUAGAUGGGCAGUGUGUACCCUUCCCUAUUGCCUGUCUGUCUCCUCAGAUGAUGGUGGCAGACAAGAGGGUGGCUGCUGACCUAGCCCUCCCCCCGCGCCUAAAGUGGAGGCUUUUCAGAGCAGAUUACAUGUCAAUGGAGCACACGAGACCAAAACAAUAUGCCCCGUUCCACUGAUCUCUGAAAAUGAAGUGGAAAUGAGAGGCAUUUGUUUACCUGUGCAGCUUAUCAGCAUCUCUUUCAGCUCCCUUCUGUCUUUCCGUAGCUGUGCCAGCUGAGAGCGGAUUUCUUCUUUUUCCCUCUCCAAGCGAUCUCUUUCUUCCGAGUAUCGCUUCACUUCAGCCUCAGUCCUGUUCUUGCCGAGUUUGGUUUCUACAGGUGCUACAAAUAAAAGAUGAAGAAAUUAAGCUCAGGGACAGAGACUGGAAUUCCAAGAACUUUCCCUUUAAACCAGCAGCUAAAUACACUAGCGCCAUGUUUUAAACAUGGGCUGAAAAGCUAAUGAUAGCAGCCACUGCCUCUACCAUAAGUCUCCGUCAUGAAGCUGUUGGGUAAAGAGAGAUUACUGCAGACAGCAAACACACCUGAAUUCACCACCUUGGAGCGUUCCAUUUUCUCUUUGGAUGCAAUCAUAAUUGUGGUGGUGUCCUUAAUUUCAGGGCCACUCUGAGGAAAGGCAAUUUGCUGCUGUUGUGCCUGAAUUUUGAUGGUUGUUGUUCGUGGUGGGAGCGGCUCAUCAAUGUCUUGAGUCCUCUGCUAGGGAUGUCGGAUGAGAGAGAAGGUUUCAGAGGUUAAGCAACAUAGAAGGCUAGCAGAAGCUGGCUGUCCAUUUAAGAUCCCAGCAAGCUGCUCAAUGCUAAGUUUUGUCUAGUUAUAGAAUAAAUAAUAAAAAUUAUAUGCCGCCAAUCUGACUGCAUUGCCCCACCUACUUUGGGCAGUUUCCAACAAAUCAAAACAUCAAACAGUAAAAUAUCAAACAUUAAAAACUUCCCUAGCAUCUGGCCUGACUGGCAGUGCCUCUCGUACACCUGAGGCCUUUAGCUAGAGAUGGUGGGGAUUGAACCUGCGGUCAUCUGCAUGUGAUGCUCUACCACUGAGCUAUGGCCCCUCCUCGAUAUCUCGGAUUUGUUUUUAAGCAUUACCGGGUCUGGAAUCUCCAGUGAUCUUCUACUCAAAUCUGCUUCUUUAUGCAAGAUGGAGGAGUCUCUCUCAGAGUCCGCUGAGCUCUUACUGGAAGCUCUUUGCAAUGAUGGAGAAACGGAUGGGGAAAACUGGUCCUGCUUCUUGGCAGCACAAUGAAGGAAGGAUUUGACUGGCGUGAGGUCUAGAUAGACUCUGUCCUGAUCCCCCUCAUCUUUGCCUUCAUUUUGGGGCACUUCCUCCUGUCAAAGAUAAAAAGCAUCUUCUUAGAAGAGCGCCCAAGAAAUGCCACUCUGUUUAGAACAAGAGAGGCCAGCAUAAAAUUCUUUAAACAUUACAUACAGUUAAACAACAGUACAGACCUGAAACAAGGCAAAUUGCAGACACCUUGCAAUUGGGAUCACUUGUUAUUUCCGGCAUUAUAAAUACAAACUGCAGCCAAUGGAAAACAAAAUGGUCCCCUCCCCCCAUCAACAUGAGCUGUAAUUGCAACAAAACAAAACCCUCACCAUUGUUGUUGCCUCUGGAACAUCUACAUCAUCAUAGAGCUCCUCUAGUCCCUCCUUCCCCUUUGGCAAGUUGUCAAUAUAAGUGUUCGGCUCAGAGUACUUCCUCUGCAUUAAGCUGGAAAAGAUAGAAGCAGAUGUGCUAUCAAAAGAAGUAAAAGCUACACGAGACGAUGAUGUGAUAUUAGUCUAUACUCCCAUAAGACUUCCUAAUAUGCCAGUUACUUUGGGUAGUAGUCAACUAACAUUUACUCAGAGCAAAUCCAUUAAUUUCAAUGGGUCUACUCUGAGUAAAAGCUAGUUGAUUGCCAUCCACUGGAUGUUGCAAGGCACCUGUUGCUCCUGCCUACUAUCUUGUCUCCAGCAUCCACAGGUCUGCAAUGUGAAGAAGCCACUAACCACAGUGUAACCUCCCCUUUUGUUUGAGACUGAAUAUGUUAAAUGCCUGGAAUAUACUCAUUCUCUAACACAGGACAAGGCAUAGGUUUCAUCAAGCCAUAAGCAACAUUGUGUGUGUGCUGCAUGUCUUAAACAUUCAGCUAGGAGUUCAAAGAAAAACAGAGAUUGCUAGACUGCACACAAUUACCACAUCAGAAAAUAAGGAGAGCUAGUCACCAUCAAUGCAAUAUUUCACAACAACCAUCUCACGAGUGGAUACUUCAUUUGAAUGCAAACAUGGUGGGUAUUUACAUAUCAGAACCCUUUCCUGCUUCUUUUCGCUAGCAAUUGUAACCUCAUCAAAAUUGUUCAUUACAUACUUUUCGGAUAAAAGCUACUUGUUUGGUAGGAACGACUAGAAAUCAUCCAUCAGAAGACAGGUCAGAAUGUCAAAUAUGCUACCAUAGAAACUUACAGUAAUGAAUUCUUUGCUGCACUGACGAUGCAGGAGACCCUGUCAGCAUCGACAUAAUCAUAGGUUAGCUCUUCAGGGUCUGUUUUUGAGCCAGAUUCUGACAAAAGGAGACCAAGCCAGUGGCCCAUUUCGUCACAAGACUUGGCCUGUUAAACCACCAAAGAAAAAAACAAUCAUUAAGGAUAUAGGCCAAACUUACUACAAGAAGCCUAAGUUGCUUUCAUCAGAGUAAGCAGAAAUGAUGGAAAGAAAAAUCAAUUUAGGGUGUGCCACCCUGGGCUCCUUGAGAAAGAAGAGCAGGAUAGAAAUGUGAGUAAAUAAAUAAAAUUCUAUGCAUCGUAAUAUCUAAAAACAUCUUCAACAGUCUUAAAAAAAAUGUGUGUGUGUAUGCAAAUACACACACACACACACAAAUUAUAAACACAGAAAGCCAGAAGAGGGCACCAGUUUACCUUCCUAAAGUUCCUCUACCAAACUGGCUCAGAAGCAAUUAUGAUUAAAACUUUCAUCUUGAAUGGUGAAAGCACCCUGCAAUCACCCUGAAAGACCCACGAAAAAUUAUUUAUAACCUCCAGCUGGCCUUAACUAAAAUGCUGAGUCUAACAUGCACCUUAGCUUCACAAAUUGAGAUAAUCUGAGUAACUUUUUGAAGCCUUCCUUAUUUUGUUCCAUCAACCUCAGCAAUCUUAAGUGCUAAACAAAACAACAUCCAGAGCCUCUGGCAGUCGCUGGCAAGUGAGCCUGUUGUUGGUAGCAAGUAUUCCUCCCACUACAAAAUGCAGGAAAUGUGUCACAUUUCCCUUCUCCCACUCUAAGGGUGCUGAUGUCAGAGAAUCUAAGAUUAGAGGUAAACAAAGAAGGAAAACAACUCUGAUCCAAGUCAAGUGAAAGUUACGGAUAGGAGUGGCUUGCUUUUUCCCCCCAAGGCAGCUUGUCGGCUGAGGUGACUGGAGGUAGCUCCAAAGAAAGUUACACUGUGUGUGUGUUUGUCUUCACCAGUCUUAUCUUUCUUUUCAGUGGUGAAAACCAACUACUCUUAUCAACCCAUACUGAAUCCAGCUGGCUGCUUAUUUCAGAAAACAUUUCAGGUGUACAAUAUUCCAAUCAGAGGGCAGGGUGGGGAUUCAGUAUUCACUUACUAUUCUGACUAGUAAGUGCUGCUUUCCUGCCUUGAGUGUUUCUUUGGAUGGAAAAGCAGAAUAGACGUCUAUUCAUUUAAUAAAAAUAAGCUGCCUGGUUAGCUGUUUAACAUCUUUUUGCAUAGCAUUUUGUUCAGACUGGCUGCAUUCAGGUGUCACACUAAACCAUGGUUUAUGACAACAUAUACAAGCAGCCUGCAGUGAGCCUUGGCUUAGCAUGACAUGUGAAGUAGGUUAGAAUGCUGUAAGGAGAAGUGUUGAAUGAAGUCUACAAGCAAUUUUCGUGGGGUUUUUUUAAUAAAAGUGAAAAAAUCAAUACAUUUACUUAUUUGGGGCAGGAAGGUCUCUCUCUUAUAUUUCCACACUCCUCAAUGAAAUCUGCUUCAGGAAUGUGGCAGAUUACCCCAAACAGGCUAUGUACAUAAGAGAAAAUAAAUCUACACCAAUAGCUAUGUUCCCUAGACUGAACCAUUCAAUUGUGUGCACUACAAUGAGUUGCAAUGAGUAGCUGUGUUGCUCAUAAACAAAUGACUCCUACUUCUAGAGAAAUUGGCAACCCGUACCUCUAACAUGGCCCGUUCCUCUCCAUUAUGCAGGAUACGGAAUGAGUAGAGAUGAUCAGGAGUUGGGUCUGGGAUAAUUUCACAGCCCGUCAGGUUGAGAGGCUGCUGAGCAGUUUUAUUUCUGUUCUUGUCCUGGUAGAAAUGGAGCUGCCCAUCUUUCACAUGACACCACCGAGAUCUCCACUGGCUGUUCACAAGGACAUUCAGGUACGCUGCAAAGAAGGAGACUCUCCCUUAGUGACAUCUAGGUCACCCUCUACGCUGGUCUUUCCUGCUAGUCGCAGAGACCCAAAUGAAAUGUAAAUGUUUCACAAGGCUUUGUUUGGGUUGCUUACUACAUGUAUCCAAAGACCUUUCCGGACUGUCCAGCGUGGCAGAUUUCUUCCUCCCAAGGUUCAUCAGGUUGCUCAGUUUUAAACCAGACGUGCCCUUCUUCUUAACUAUAAAUAAAUAAAUAAGAAGGAAUAAACAAGCCAUAUACAAAGCUGUACUUCUGAAUAUCUAAUGCAAUGGCCAGGAGACACAUUACACACAAUUUGCAUCUGAUGUUUGUGUGCGGAAUCUUGCUUGGUGCAAUUUAAGAAGAGACUCAUAUAAGCGGCAGCAUUAAUAAUGUACACUUACAUGACCCACAUCAGUUAUGAAUAAAUGUGUUACUUUAAUGAGCCAGGCAUUAACUCCCUUCUGCAACUACUGGUGGAAACAAAAAAGGGGCAGAGUACCGUAAUGCUGUUCUCAUCUCAGUCCCUGGAGAUUCCUGGCUCUCCGUGAAUAGAGGUACGAACGCAGCAGGCUAUUAAGCUACAACCAUAUAAUAUGUCGUUUAUGGAUGGGACAGGUGGGGGCCAUUCAUAUGUCACGUGUAGGAAGGCUCUAGUCAAUUCAGUAACAACCAGGCAACCGGCAAGCUCAGUUUGACUUAUCAAAGGCAAGUGCACUAUUCCAUCUUCUUUUCACUCGACAACCACGUUAUCUUUUUUGAACGGCUAUUACCGUCUUUGGUUUCUGUCAGUUCUGUGUGACCAUCAGUGCUGCUUCCGCUUUCUGAUGCGACUGAGUACCUCUCAGCCGUCUCCACCUGCAGACAAGAAGCAGGGAUGAGGUCCACAGCACCAGAGAUAGAACAGCAGCAUAGUAAUGGCUGAAAUGCUGCUCUCUCCGAUGAGAAAACGCCUUUGCAUUCGUGAAAAUUAGGGGCACAUAUCCAUAGCUGAGGAAAUGAAGACCCAUUUACAAACUAAGAUUAAUCCACAGGAAAUAACAUUUGGCCCAUAAAGAUGGAUGCUAUAAAGGCUCCUCUAGCUCUUGGGAAAACCCCUUUGUUCUGCUGUGUGUAGUUGCUCUGGUUGGACACAGUCUUCCUUAUUCAUAAUGGCUCCUGGUGUUUUGCUUUUUGAAGUAAAUUCAGGCAACCAUAUUUGUGCCAACUCAAAAAAUAAAAUUAUACACGAGAGUUUUAUUUUCCGUCCUCAUUGCCAUAUACUGUGAAGCUUUCUAGCUGUGAAUGUUUCUUUGUGGUUUACGUUCGCAUCUAUAGCUCCUGCCUCAGUUGUACAUCAUCAGCACAUGCUCAUUUACAUUGUGGCAAGCUGUGAGAAACAGAAUGCUGGACUAGGUGAGCCAUUGGCCUGUUCAGCAGGCUCUUCUUAUGUCACAAUUUCCCCACCCUUAAUUUAUCUGGAUCAGGCCCAGUGCUUGAUGACUUUAAUUUUGCGCUCAGUAUAUCAUUAGAGCUUGAAACUCUGGAACAGUCAGUCUACAAAGAAGUUCUCGUUUCACCAGAUGCUUUAGGGAUAUCUAGAAUUCUAGCCCUAUUUAAAUAAUACUUUCAUUUGGAUUUGGCCAGGAUUAAAUCUAUAAACUUCCUAGAAUUAGAUUUAUGCUUGAAACAAACUUUGGGGGGGGGGGAGAGUAGCUAUUAAAAGAAUUGCUGAUGUUAAAAUAAUGCAAAAAUGGCUUGACACUGAGCCAGUUGUGCUUUAAUCAGAAAACAAGUGGUUUGUUGGGUUUUCUUCAAGUGUAAGUUUCAACCACAUUCCUGUUUUGAUGGUGGGAGUAACUUCCUGUAUAUUAAUCAGAAGUAUUUUUUUAAAACUUAAAAUAAUUUGAUGCAACAGGAAAAAAUUUAAUCUUUGAACAGCACUUUUGUUAAGAGAUAAAACAUACCUGAGGCUCCAGUACUUUGGCCACCUCAUGAGAAGAGAAGACUCCCUGGAAAAGACCCUGAUGUUGGGAAAGAUGGAGGGCACAAGGAGAAGGGGAUGGUUGGACAGUGUUCUCGAAGCUACCAGCAUGAGUUUGACCAAACUGUGGGAGGCAGUGGAAGACAGGAGUGCCUGGCAUGCUCUGGUCCAUGGGGUCACGAAGAGUCAGACACGACUAAACGACUAAACAAUAGCAAAACAUACCUUGGGAUAGCUAAGUCUCUGGGAGUCUGGGACAUACUGGUUGCCUUCCCCUUGCCCAUCUGGAUAGAGACCGCUUGUCUCCUGGAUCACCUAUGGUGGGAGAGAGAGAAGCUGUGAGCAAGAUCUCAUCCUGCGGCCAUUUAUAUCUUUCUGUUCUACAGUAUACAUUCUGCAUUUAACUGACACACAGCUCAGUUCAUAGAAAGCCUCUCUCAUUAACAUGCAGAGAAGCAGAGGUCCCUCAAAAGCUCUGGUUGAGAGAGUAGCCUCGAAUGACCAUAUAAACCAGGGAUGGAGAACCUCUGGCCCAUCACAGGUUGUUGGGUUCCCUGCUCCCAUCUGGCCCAGCCAACAUGGCCAAUGGCCAGGGAUGAUGGAAGCUGCAGUCCAGCAACAUCUGCUGAAGCACAGGUUCCCCAUCCCUGGUAUAAAGAAGGCACAAAAGUAAAUGACAUGCAUGCCCAGAUCAAACACUAUUCCAAGCAAAUUCAGGCUGGAUUCUGAAGCAGCAGUGCAGAAAUGCCACAUGUGCCAUGUAGAGUUGGCAACUUUUAAAAACAAUUUCCCCUCCAUGUUCCUUUAAUAUCAACUUUAUCUGCAAAAUACUAGCAGAUGAUAAUGCUUGAAACCUCCAUGCUAGAAAAUUCCGCACUGACCCUAGCUGAUUUCUGUGGAUCAAAGAGCUGUUAGAGUAUCAGGCCAGUAUUCCAUCUGAGUGUAAUUCGGGUGUAGUAGAGGAAGAACAAAGGGGAGUGCAUCUCAGGGGCUUUUUCAAUGCAGUAAAGAUUAUAUUCACUAGAAAUAAUGACAGACCCUUCUUGUAAGUGAGUUGACAAGAAAGCUUUCGCAUUUUACUAUUGUAAAAUUUGGUAAGCAUAGAGGAAGUCCAAGAAAAUAAUCAAAAGGAGGUUGGGCACUUCUUCUCUUUUCUAUAAUGGAGUGCCAUCUGAGGAAGGAGUUGAGCUCUUACUUACUGAAGAAAGACUCCCUUCAUUACUGCUGGAAGGGUUGGGUUAGAAAGUUCCCCUUCCCCCUCCUACGUGCAAAGGGGAAAAGGGAUUUUCUCAGUUGUGCUCAAACGGAAAGGAUCCUUCUCAGAAUAAAGGCGCUUGUGGAAGAGCUGCAUUUGGAUGUAAGCUAGAGAUGGGAGCAACACCAUGACAUCCUGAGAAAUAUCCUUUAGCAUAAUCCUGUGUAGACAGAAACCUAGGAAGCUGCCUAGUACCAGGUCAGUCAGGCUCUUUGCCCAUUGAGUUCAAUACUCUCUGCUCCGAACAGCAGCAGCUCAGCAGGGUCUCGAAAUCUCAAGUAGUUAAAUUCUGGGCCAGAUCUUGACUUCUGUGCUAGCAUGGUAUGACUGUGGGCACAUUAAAUCCACACAGCCUGGGGACAACGGCAGAAGUUGUCAAGAGAGAUUGGUCCACUCACCCUGAGCCACUGCUCUGCCUGGUCUUUACUCUGCAAGCCCAGCACAAUGACAUCUGAGUUCAUGGGGAUGAUCUUCAGCUUAUGUUCCUGCUUCCUCACAUUCUUUUCCUUGUGGAUGACGCUGCACCCCAACAAAUUAACAUCCAGCUGGGGAUUUUGGUCCUUGGAAGACUUGUAGCACUGGAAAUAGGAGGAGUCAGGUGGUUUAAUGGAGAGUAAACAGGAGAUGUUGCCUACUGGUAAAAUAUCUAAGAAAGGACAGAAACUUGGCAUUGAAAUAUAGAUUGGAAUAGUUCAUUGUAGUAAAUAAUUGUGAGCCCCAAAUCCUAAGGUUUCUGAAUAGAUACAAAAUUAUAUAUGUUUCAGGCUUCACCAACCAGUGAAGGAAUUACUUGGUGAAAUUACCUUAAUCCCACAAAACGGGAAUAGUGGGGACAUUCCCAAACUUUAAGACCUGUUAUAUAGCCAUAAUACUAACAGCAGAAAGGGAACAGCAUUGGGUUUUCCCUUGCUUGCACUCUGAAACAUUCACAGAGUAGGUACUUUCUGCAGUGCAGAUGUUAACAGCAGGCAUUGGAGGUGGGCAGCUGAGCUCCUGGAAAUGGCAAACCUACAGUCCCAGCAGAUCUUCAUACCAGUCAUACACUUCUCCAAUCCAGGCACACCUUCACUCACCCAUAUCCUAAGGGAAUAGUCCAAGGCUGCAUCUGCUCUGCCCCCUGUGGCAGCUUCCCAUUACCCGUUAUGAACCUCUUCAACCGGCAGAGCUCCAGGAUGCUCCCUCAUGUGCCGUUCCUUUUUCCAAAUGCCUGCUCUGCAAGAACCACCAGUCACAGAAUCUCUCCCACACUGCUGCCAAUAAUAGCACCUUCAUCACAUUAACACUUAUCAGCAGCAGCAAUGGUGAAUAUUGAUCCUAGUCUUUGAUGUUAGUCCUUUGGGAGCAUGGGAGCAAUGCAAAUGCAACAAACUAAGCAACUAACACCAUGCAUGUAAAAUAAGUCUUACAGUAAUUCAUCAAUUGAAAGUAAAUAGGAGAGCAGACAACCCAAGUCAUGUCCUGCUUGUCGGCUUCCCAUAGGGAUCUGGGAUUUUAAACAAGAUAGACCUUUGGUCUUACCCAGCAGGCUUCUUCUUGGGCUUUGAGGAACAUCUAGAUAGAGCUCUUAAGAAUUGCUCUCGUUUUGAGAAAAGGUAUAUUAGACACCCUGUUCCCUGCUUGCUUACCAACAAUCUGUUGUCCUUAAUGACGCAGAGCUGCUUGGCCCACUGGCCCAGCCAUUUUUUUCUCCAAAGGAAAGCACAGAUCCGGGCAUCUUUCAUGAGCUCAAUGGAAGCUUCAGGGGAAGGCCACUGGUGAGGGGCUGACUUGCCUUUGCUGCUCUCUUCUUCAUCAUAGGAUUCAUAGGAGCUGCUGACUGCUUCCCCAUCAUCUGCAUCCAUGGGGGCAAAAAAACCAUCAUUAUAAGCACUUCCGGGUGACAAAGCCAUGUGUUACUUCCAUGUUCCAUUAGGCAAGCUCAAGAACAAUUAUAGCAUGCAUGAAAGAGACACAAAAGUAAAAGGCAAGGAGGUCUAAAGGCCUGCAAAGUUUAAACAAUCAGACCUGCUCCAUUGAAAAGGCAAUUUCCCUUCAUCUUCUGUCUGUCUCCCACACACUAAGAUCAGCAUAUGCAAGCCAGAAUCAGAUCUCAAACAAGCCAUCCAGAGCCAACCCCAAACAUUUUGCUGUCUGAGGUGAAGGACAAGAUGGCGCCUUCCUGCCAUUUCAUGAACAGGAGCCAACUUGACAGACAGUCGAACUUUUCUUCACUAUGGUGGAUUGGAUAGCAUCCUCUCUGCCGUGGAGAACAGCAGGUUAGUCUGAGGGUGCAGGACAGGCCCUGUGGCACACACAGCUCUGUGCUUCAAAGAUGGAACAGCCAAAGGAUGGCUCCCCAGCACCUGCCUCCUGAGGCAGUUGUUUUGCUUUGCCUAAUGGGAGGGCCAGCCCCGCAGUGGUCAUAUCAAACGAUGCAGGAAUCAUAUACAUUUUUGAUUUGAAUAUAUGAAGCUGCAAUGAUUGAUGAAACCCUAACUUCUCCUGAAAGGUGAAAUGCUUAAAUGGUAUUCCAAAAAAAAGGUUAAAUGCUCUGUUAAUACAUUUCAGUUCUGCUCAGCUUUCCAGAUGCAGCAAAUACAUUGGAUGGAAUGUAUAUUUGCAAAUGUAAAUGUAAAUAUUUGUACAUUCAGCACAUUUUGCUGGGAAUAUUUUGCUUGGCUAAUUAAUAAAAGCCAAGCAGUAGUGCUGCAAGGUAAUCCCAAAAUCAUACAAAUUGUUUGAGGUUGCAAGCAUGUGGCCACCAAGACUUUCCUUUUGCAACUUUGGUACAGACACACCCAGCUCAGUCUCCUACUACAGACACAUUCCUCAAGUGCUAUCAAAUGUUUUCUGUAGGUUUUAUACACCCAGCUGAAAAAGCAUAGGACUGUGGAGGGUGUGCAAGCUGUUAUCUGCCAAAUGUUAGUUGCUGCUCCCUAAAUAUCAGGCAGAUAACAGCUUGUAGCAACAUUCUGAAAAACAGGUCCAAAAUUCAUGCAUAUGCUCACUCCAGUCAGCAUAUGGAGAAUGACCAAUGGGCAGAACCAUGCCGAAAGAAACUUAAUUUGAAAUUUAAUUUCAAACAACUGAUAAAUGGCAAAAAAUGUAAAUAUUUGUUUAGAACAGUGGAAACCAUGAUACAAAAUAGACAGCAAAUUAAAAAUGAUAUAGAGGUUAUAAAGCUGUAAAUUAUAUAAAACUGAGUACAUGAAUAGUUGAAACAGUUACAAUGAGGCUACUCAGCAGAAGUAAUAUUAAGCUGUUCGCAUAAGCUGCUUAAGGCAUCUAAAUCUAGCACCCUCCCUCCAAUCCAGCAAAUUUAGAGGCAAUAAGAAAGUUUCACUACAUUAUAAAGGCAUUCCAAAGCAAUAUAGGGGAAGUUAAAUGAGAUAUAGGCUAUUCCACAGUAUUGAGAUAACUUGAUCACAGAAUGGAAAUGAUUCAUAAUUCAUAAUAACAGAGAACAGAGCAGUUUCUAAGAUCCCUGCAGAUCAUUGACAAAUCCCAGACUUUUCUGCAUCUCCCCAAAGCACCAUGUCUUCAGCACUCAGGAGAAAUGCUAUUAGGAGAAAGGGAAAGGAAACAAUAUUGGCCAAAAGAAGAUCAGAUUAGAAAGCAGAGACACUUUGAGCGAGAAACAUCAAAAAGGUACCCCCAAAUAGAAAUGUAUUAUAGUAAGAUAUUCCAUUCCCAAUUAGGUAAAAAGUCUGUUUUGUUCCAGAACAGGCUUGAAUGGGUCACAGAGGUAAUUAUCUAGGUUUUUUUCUCUUGUUUUUAAUUGGAUUAUAGAGUAACCUGAAUUUACUCAUUCAGGUGAUGCUAUCAGAGAACUGGCAGCUGAGUCACCUAUCUCCAAAGCAAGAUAUAGGGCUCGUUGCUGUGUUUAAUCUCAUUUGUAUGAUAGGAAGAAUGAUCCAUGUAAUCAAGGAUGCUUAGCCAGCAUCUUUUGUGCUCUUCCAGACUCUGGCCUAGGCACAAGAUAAUCAUGGCUUCCUGAAACCAAACUUCGGCUCAUUCAGUAUGUGGAUCUGCUCCUUCUGUACCAGAAUCCAGAAAUUAAUUCCAAAAAAGAACCUAAUUUACACAUUUCAAUCCCCUUUUCUUUCUCUGCGAUAAACUGUUACGUCACCCUCAUUGUAAAACAGUGAUCUCUCUGUCUGCCUGCCUGCCUGUCUUUGUGUCUGUCUCUCUGUAUUCAGCAUUUAAUUCUGAUGGGCUGGGGUGUCUCAUCAGCCUAUAGCUCCAGCACCAUUCCACUCGCUUCGUUUUGUUUUAUUUUUUUAAACGGUCGCAUUUGUUCUCUAAAUUAAUAUCACUCAUUGCAUCCCUGGCUUCUGUGUUGCUUAUUACCAAGCAAGAAUAUUUGUUUGCUUAUGUCCUGCCCUGAAGCCCACUCAAGUUGAAGUGCAUGGAAAUGACAAAAGCAUUUUGGAAUAAGGUAAGAUUCCACAGGUAAGAUUGGCUAGCAACAUCUACAGUUCUGUAGCUGCCUACUAAGAGAUCAUUCCUGGCUAAGAGAUCGCAAAAGAAUAGACAGCAACUUUCCAAUCCUUUAUCACCCCUUGCCACACAUAUGCAUUCAGGAUGAGAAUGUGAUCAUGCGGUGAUCCUUUAACCAUGUAUCAAUGGUGAAAGACCAUCUUUGUUCAUAUGACAAGGAAGUCAAUGCAUGAGUGGUAAGUUUUGAAAACAUGCCAUACCCAUAGUUAUUGUGGCAUAUAUUACUCCCUCAGUAACCUGCAACCCUGGUCUGGAUCCAGUAGCUGCAAGCCUACCGUAAAGACCUGCACAAGCACACAUGGAAAAGAAAGAGAGGGGGAGAGAGGAAGAAAGAAAAAGACCUGCAAAUGAACCUCACUGAUCAUUAAAUUCUUUUAGAAGGA